GGGGUACAGCAGUAGUAUAACUGGUUGAUCAGUUUUUGAGGGUUUAUGUGACCCCUAUUUUGGGCAAAGACCUGUCUGGUUGUCUGAAACAACAGAAGGACACGCUUUCCAACUUGUUUUUAACUACAAUAUCACUUAUAGCAGACUACCUGUGAGGUUGCAUCUUGACUCUUAUCCUUCUUCGAAUUACAAUGAAUAAAAGCAGGGUGUUGUUGCUUUGCCUUGUGACAAAAGAUACAGACUGGAGGUUGCUGGUGUUUUCCUAUCUGAGUUCACAGCUGCCUCCUACCUACAGUAUAAAGCCACAGUAGUAAAAAGCCUCCCACAUCGUGUCAACCAUAAAUUCUUGUCUGUGUGAGUGAUGCUUUCGGUAGCUAUGGAGACCUAAUAUAAUACACUCCCCCUCCCUCUCUCUCGCGCUCUCUCUCAGUGUAAGUCUAUCUCUCUCUCCCCCUCUCCAUCCACACCAAAGCUCUUUAGGCUACUUUGCGCAUGUACGGCUAGUCAAACCGAGCAUUGCACCGAUUCCAAGAUGGCGAAAACACGUCUGGCUUGUCUCCUGACUCUCCUCUCAACUCACUGUAAGUACAAAAAUCAUCAUAAGUGGCUUUUAUCCCUCUGUUUUCCGUCUCCGAUUUGCGUGACCGUCAGAAGAUAUUUACUUCUACAUCUGUUUGGUCGUGAUUUUACCCCGGCGUUGGGCAAAAAUAGACUCUGGCUGAGAAGUAACCCUAUCUGGAUGCAACUAACGAUAAACUCAUGGCACACGAACAGUAAAGACCUACAUCUUUGACGUUAAGUAUGUCUGUUUUAAAUUCUGUUGACAAAUCACGAAAUAGUCGCCAUUUUUGUUACAAAUUACUGUUUGCAUGACUCGUUCGGGAGAUGGUGUUAUCUCAGAUUCAUCGCUAUGGUCCCUCACUGUUAGUCGAAUAAUUUAUGUUGUAUUUAAAAUAAUGAAGUGCCCUGCUCUAUCUACACGAAGGACUAAACGAAUGAGAUUUUGUAUCAGUUAUAUUAUCGGUACAUGACCUGCUAAAUGAAAUGAAGCUGGUACAUUUUCGGAGUCGGCGAUAAGCCACCACGUUUUUUGUACUCACUUUGGAAAAGUUUCCUAAGUUUGUUGAGAGUUCUCUUAAAUUAAAUAUGAAUAAGCAGUUUUGUGGCUUGCGCUGUUAACUAUUUACCGUCGGUUUUCGGGGUCGUGAUGGUGGCUGAGAUGCUUGUAAGUAGUGAUGCGAGAUAACGGUUUUUUCUCCUCCGGCGGAAUAAAGCAGGCUGUCCGCGGGAGGAGCCAGACAGGCCAGUCAGGCAGGCAGCGAGUGUUCUCCACCAGCCCCCCUCGUCUUCAUUUGUCCGCCCGCUGCUGCUGCUGGACCCCUUCGAAUCGCACCAAAGCAGGGGUGCUAAACAGAAACCGCUCGGGAAAUCAAUUUGUUACCAAUAUCCUCCUCUUAAACCCUCUCAUUUCCACACCACUUCAUCUGACGCACAAAUGGAAGCGUUGACAGUCGAACGAACAGGAGCGUGGCCGUAGAUUGAACAUUAAUUUAAAAAUCCCUUCAGAGACUUGAAGCGGACUCUCGAUAGUUAGUUUUAAACGCAUUUAUACAACGUUUGGAGUAAAAUAAAAAGUUAAAUUCCUCGCUAUGUUUAUCUUGAUGCAAGAUGGAAUUAAACAUCUACCCCACAGGUCUUUAUUACAUGUAGGUGUUCAGUGAAGCCACUUGUUGCUUUGCUGCGUCGCCAUUUGUUGUUUAGUUAAGCGCUUUACAGCUUUUUUCACUCUUUUUUUCAGUGUAAAACUGCUUGGCCACGCUUUUCUUUAAAAAAAUGUACAUUGUAAAGCUGUUGUUGAAACGCUGUAAGAGAAAAGAGGUCUGCCUCAGGUUGGCUUGGAAAGAACAGGCAUUAGUUAAUCACAUUAAGUGCUUUACCCUCCAGUGCUUCCUUUCUACAGACGGUAAAACCAUGAGCAUAAACUGACCAGCCAUAACAUACACCCAGGGAAUCUAAUGCAACCCAAAACAAAACAGGAGUUCUGCCAUAAAUUCUGCUUUUACAGAGCUUGACCAUUUUCAAAUAUUCUUAAUAUGAUCAGGCAGGUGCUAAUUGUUUUUUUUUGGUAUAUUGUUGAAAUUGAUAAAGCGAGUGGUGGUGUGGUUGUGUGCUUUAUUUUGAAAAGUGUUCCUAUUUUUCUCCCCUCAUGUUUGUAAAUCAAGUAGACUAAAUAUAAAAAGGACAUUUCAAUACAAAACACUUGAGUCCACCACCAUCACCCACCAUGUCUGCAGUAAUAAAUUUGAAGUGGGCUACAAUAACCGCUUGUCCGACCGUGUCAAAAAAAACCCCAAACAAAUAGAAGCUUCCAUAAGGUGGAAAUUGUGGUAGAGCUGUUGUAUUGGAUAACAUUAGAUUGCCCGGGUGUUCAAAAUGCUAUGGCUGGACUACUAAUUUAAUUCAGGAGAUUUUAAUUUGGUUUAGAUUGUCAUUUUUAAUUUUUUUCUACGUUUGCCUGGGUUUUGAAUUUUGUUAUUUGAAAGCAUGACUAACUGUGCCUUGGUGGAGUUAGCCACGGAUUGGUGCCUCUCUUGUUCCUAUUUGAAUUAAGCAAGGUGUGCCAGGACAGACUUUCAGAUCAAAGAGAAGCACAGACAUAAGAACCUCCUGUGAUCUCUCAUGGAUGUGAACUGGCUUAUUCUCUGCCUUAAUUAGGAAAAGAAAUGGAGCUUGGAGUUUUAAAUCUGUUGCUGUACUAUCAACACUUUCUCUCUUUGACUUUUCUCCAGGCUGUGUGCUGAUUAUUUUAUGCAGGCGAUACAUUUCAAAGUCAGUCCUUUUUAAUGAUGUUCCCCUGAGUAAAUCUGUGACAGGCCAUGGUAGCAGCACAAUUGACAUUUUGUGUGGGUGGGGGUAGCGAGCUGGGGAAGAUUUAAGAAUUUCUUUUGUGUUGCUGGACAGGGCUUAACCAUGUGGUCUGCUGGCUCACAGCCAGCAUCUCCACUGUCUGUGGACACGGGACAAAUCUGGCUGGACUAAAGCUGGCCGCGAGCUGUGUUAUGAUACUUCUUUCUCCUGAUAGGUACUGACUGUAAUUACACUGCCUCUUGUUUUUGGAAGAGAACUACUCAGAAAUGUUUAAUCAUUGUGAAAAACAAUAGAAAGUGAAUUUGGAGAUGAAUGAGUGUUAUUUGCUUUCACUUCAUGCUCUGUAGGUCACACUCUGUUUUGUGCACUUGUUAUUUUAUAUUCAUGACAUUCUUCGGUCAGCCAUCACCCUAAUGGCCACACAAACCCCGGCCUUUUCCAAGUAAAGGCUGAAGCCAGCACAACUGAACAGAGCUGCAAAUAUCAGCCCAGUCGUCUGUCAGCAGCGCCAGAAACGAGGGCCUUUGUUAUUUUAAGUACACAUGCUUACAGCAGACUUUCCAUCCUGAUCUAAUGGAAUGCAUUAACAUUUUCCAUUGUUGGCUUCACCUGAGCCAUUUCUCAUAAAAUAUUCCAAGUGGUACGCGCUUUUAAGAGGACAUCUGCCAGAGCCCUCCUGCCAAGAGCUUGGCCAAGAUAUGUGGGAGCUUGGAAGAUGCUCAAAGUGGAUUACUACCAAGCAAAUAUAAACUUUGAGAUCACUGCUUUGACUCUUACAAGAAACACCUGUGGAUGCGAAGACUGUACACACCCUGAUUUCUGCAUUUUCUAAAUUGUUUAGAGCCAAUUUCAUUAUUUACUUUAGAAAAAAAACCCAUAGAUGUCAAAACCAUAUCAGUCCAACAUGCUGUUCAGUGCAAUUUGAAAAAUUAGAAAGGGCUAUAAGGUCAUAAUGGCAUUAAUAUAUGCGCAGAUCUGAAAUAUUUUCUUUUUCUCUCUGCUGUCCCCCUCGUGUACAGAUAAAUCAAAUCUUAAAAAUCUCCACCUUGAAAGAGGUUAUCCAAAAACCACAGUGACCUUUAUUUGCUUGGAGAUGGGAUAUUGGCUGAUUGACUCAUUGAUGACAUAACAUUGUACUGAGUUCAGUCAGGCCAUCAAGACAUUAAACACCAGGCCCAUACCUUUUGAUACAGUCAAACAUGGGACCACAGAGUCUGCAGAUAAACAAUGUCAAAUGGUGUGCCAUGUGUCUACCAUUACCAGAGGUAGCACCACCAGCUUUUUGGUUAAUAACCACAUGUCAAUGCUGCCUACCCACUGCUUUGGUCAUGUGGUCAUAUGCCAAGAUGGCCUGACACAAUAGGUAUACAACUUUAUUGUCAUGUUCUAGAUCAAAAUGCUGACAAAACGCAUCACAGAUCAAGAUGCCAUUUCUCAUCAUCAUGGAGGUAGCUCUGACUAGAUGUGGACCGCUGUGCUACAGUUAAGACAACAUAUGACAGGCUUCCAGACUGCAGUAGUAGAAAUAAUAAUUUGUUUAACCAACAAGUCAUUCUGGCUCUGAACUGUAAGCCUGGUGUUUGUAGGAAGAUUUCUUUUUCCUUUUUUAAAGCUAAUACUCAAACAAGAUAUAAUACUAAUAAAUAAAAACAUGAGUCUCAUCUUUCUACCAAAUGAUAGAGAGAUAGAAUUAAUUGCAACCUCUAUAAUUGAGACUCCUUGAAUAAUUGGGGACUUUCAAUGAGUGCUCUUCAAAAAGGCAACUUCUUAAAAUUUUGUCAUAUUGGGAAUGACACACAAAUUGAAACCCACCAUUGGCUGCAUGUCAUCCUUCACUCUCUGUUCCCCAUGUUCCUUGUCUCAUGAAUGUAAAGAUGUCCCAAAAAUAACCAAAAACUAAAAAAUAUAGCGUCCAGGCUGAAAAGUUUGUUUAUGAUCAGUCCAUGGCUACAGAACACUUGCAGUUUCUCCUGAUUUAUCAUCUCUUGACUGGAACAUUGUUUCAAAUAGACACCGCCCAGAAAUGAUGCUGUUGGGGUACUAGCAGGGCCAUAUUUUGAGGCACUGGGCCACAGUCCAAGCUGCUGUAUUUAUGUGUUUCAGGGUAAGAACAGGCUGAUGGUUCACUAUUUACACCUGAAACAGAGUUGCAAAGACUGCAACAUGUCCAGAACCUCAUUAAUCAGCUUUCACACUUAAUCAAGUGUUGAAAUCAAUCCCUUUAACUGGGCAACUGACAUUUUUAUGACUUGACAUUAUCUUUGUUUUCACUCAUGGCUGUCAGCCUAAUCUAAUCAGGCUCUGUCUUUAUCUGAAUGGAUAAGAUAAGAGAGACCGUCUCCACUCGAUGGCUGCUGCUGAGCCUCCCCUGUGUUCUGUCCGCUGAUAAGCUGUUGCAUCACCCGAGAGCUUUGAACAUCCGCUAUUAACCCUCACAUAACUGAGCUGCUCACCAAGUGACGUUACCCAGCACACUCUUCAAACAUUUGUCUAAACCAGAGCCAAGUGUCGGCACUUUUCUCUGCGUUUGGUAUGUGUGGCAUAAAGGUUUGGCAUGGCAGGAGUCGUCGCUCUCCCAAGAUAACUGCAUAUAGUGGCUCCCUCAGGAGGUGCAUGCUGUCAGAUGUUUCCCUACACACCCAAAGCUCGUGAGCAAAUGUUUGGAGCACCGUCUGAAUGGCAUGUUUGGCUCCUUUGGGCAAGUCACAUAUAGUCUGACAUUUUACAGCAGAGACAGUAAAAAGGCUCAGGAAACCAGGGUGAACAAACAGGACGUAGCAUUUUGGUUGCAAGUCAAAAGUUCCUCUCUUGAGAGACGCCUGAGUGUGAGGGGUCAUAUGCAUAACACAUUGAACUGAGCUGCAAUUUUGAUCCCAAGUUACAGCGUCAAAGCCUGGAGGCAUGCCGCAGCUAGAGUGGGUUUGUUUACAUUACAGAAAAAAAAGGCAUAAUCAUUUUUUUUUGCAAUUACUGGAGUCAACCAUGAGCAGAUAUGUGCCAAAACAGCCCCUCCAUGGGAUCAAGUCAAAGCAGCACAUGGCCCUCACUGUGGAAUGACCCGAAACAGCUGAGCAGGCGUGGGUGGGUAGGUGGUGGUGUUUUGAGCUGCGUCGCAGGCGUAACCAUAAAUAUCUGCUGUGUCCCUCCCAAACCUGGCUGUGUGUGUUAGCAAAUGCAGCAUUCCUAACAGAAAACACAUGGACGCUUCUCCUCAUAUGUGCACUGACUAACAAUCAGAACCACCUGUUUCCACCGAGAGAUAAAAGACAGCGCUGUUGAUGAGCUGGCUGGGGUCAGAGCAGAAAGGGAAGAGUCAUGAAGAAAGAUCAGCAGUGUUCACAACACAGGCUGGGUGUAACGCUAUGUCUCCAGAGACAGAAAUCCAUUUUAACUCCACAUAGAGGAGGAUUCAGACCUCAUUUUCUCUCGUUUCCACAUCCACAGGCUGAGGCAAAACAAUAACAAGAACUUGCUCACGCUCCAGAAAUGGCCACAGCUUGUACGUGCUUCAAAUGUCAAUAAGACUAGCAUGUGAAAAAAGCACCGGCCAUAAAGUAAAACCGGCCUGCAGGUGGCAUGUAGUCGCCAAAAUCUCCAUAUGAAAAUAUUCCUGUGGCCUCGGUGUGGAGCGGGAAUGUUUCUACUUGAAGGGCGUAUCAGUUGUACAAUCUCAGGCUUAGACAAGAGAAGGAUUUAUGAGAAAAAGAGGGUAAUUGUUGCGUGUUUGGAGUAAUGAGCUUUCGGAAAGGAUGGCUAAGUGAUUGUUUGUUUUGACAGGACAUUAUUAUUGGAUGUUUAGACUGCUUUAGAGCAACAGGAUAAUCUCAAGACGCCUAUGUGCCGGCUGUCCGAGCGAAGGGCAGCAAAAGAGAGGUUUCCUGUUUGAUGAUCUUUAUCUGUGAUCACAUGGUCCCUGGAGGGAAGGAGGCAGUCCUCCUGCUCAUGUGUUCGCUGGACACUGACGGAGUGCAUCAAUAGGUCAAAAGAGACUGCCAUCGAUCAAACAUGGGGAUGCUGUCAGCUUACUGAAAUAAUGAGGGGUUUCAUUAACGUCACAGCAGAGGCAGUGAACUACAUGUGGCUGUCGCUCUGAAAGGAAAGAGCUGGAGGCUGCGCUCCCACUGAGAGUCAUAACCAGAUAAUCGCUCCAGAUUCAUCUUUUGUUUACCAGGCUGUAACAAAAGGGCAAUUACCGUCUAAAAAUAUCCACGAGGCAGAAUCAUCUGACGACCUCAGGUGUUUGAUCACAGCCCAUCCCGACCAUCAGGUCCACCAUAAACAACAUACAUUAGAUAAUGAUGGCGGACAAAACAUACACAAACUUAUAGAUUGUGUCCUAUUAUAUAUUGUCUAUUAUUUUAAAGCUCCAUCAAAUGACUUAGUUCAGAAUGAAAAAUGAAAACCUCAUCCCAGUGCAGGCUGUGGGAGAUUUUUGUUUGCAUGAGUUUAUUGAGAUUGACAUCAAACCAAUAUAGCUCUAACCUUAAGUCUAUCUGCAAAGUGGGGCUAAAGCCUCAGUUUGCUAGUUUUUGUCUUUGCUUUCCACUGAGGAUGCACAGAUUUGCUGGUUUCAUCAAUAACCAGCUACUGGGGCUACAACUGAUACUGUUUUCUCAGGGCUGAUUCUUCAACUGAGUUUUGUAGUGCAUGAGAUCAAUAACCAAUAUUUGCAAUGGAAAUACAUUAAUUCCUUACCAAUACAUCUGAAACGUGUCACUUGCUGAGAUAACCAUGGACAUUAGGGGUUCUAUUUUCGUGCCUCCCUGGAGACGUGCCGCAGGCGCGGCGUAAGUCAGGUCCGCCGUGCCGACAAGGCGUUCCCAAGCACAAUUUGGUAUUUUGGUGAGUGGCGUAGCCCGGCGUAAGUAUCCCCCCUCCCUAACUCAGCUCCUCUCAGCGGCGUAAGUCGUAGCGAGGGCGUGGAGUGGAUUUAACACAGCCGAGACCAAUAAAACCAAUAAAAUAAAAUAAAAUAAAAUCAGCUCCUCUCCUCGCCUUUAAAUCCGCCACCGGUGAGGCGCAUUACUAUUUUCGUGAAGUAGUCAAAGAGAUCAGGAGAUAACUGAAGACAGCAAUGCCACACGAUGGCGACAGAAGGCAGCUCCUCAACAAGUGUCGCUGCAGAGGGCGUCCUUCACACUCUCUCAUAUGAGCACAGAUGGAUUUGGUGUGUGUAAUGCUGGAGCCACUAGUAAGACAAACACCCUUUCCACAAAUAAAGACACUCACAUAAAGUUGCAUAUAUUCAAACCUCACGUGACAAAGGUGGGUUGUGCGCACAGAUCACAACAAAAAUUCCAAAAAUGGCAUUAAAAUCUGAACCAGCUGUGCGUGAUGACGCAUCGCGCUCCGUGGCCUGGCUCUUUCUUUCAUACGUGUUGGUAUAUAAAAUAAAUUUGGCUCACAAAACUGAAUAUUAUCAUAUUCGUAUGUAGGCUUGAAGUAAAUAACUCAUCUGAUCACUGAAACAGAUCAUCUGUUCAGCCGCCACAGCAGCAGCAGGAAGGGGAGAGGACACGGGGACAUGUCCAGGUCGAGCUGCGCGAGAAAUAAGAGGAAGAGGAAGAAAGAAAAGGAGGGAGACGAAUUACAUAUCUUGUUAACUUCAUCAUGUGUGUCUAUUUACUAGAUAUUUAAUUUAAUUUAAUGCGGUUUCAGCUGUGUUGAUUUGGUCAGGUUGUGUGUCCAAAUGCGUGCCAAACGCGCUCAUCAGAUCAGAUAUAGAUCAGAAUAUAUCAAUAUAGAUCUAAAUGUAUGUGCUGACUCAGAAUAUUGGUUGUUGUUGAUUAUUUAUUGCGCUGAAAUGUGCCUGACACUGUGGGAACCUGCCGGUGAGGCAUUGGUGACAUAUGCCGAUACGCCGCCGGUCUACCAAAAUACCACUAGACCAGCGUUUUGCCUGCACUGAAAGCUGACCAGGUUUGAAUCGGCAAGCUUUCAGCACACUUUACACGCCGGAUGACCUUUAAGCUUAGGUAGUCUAGAGUCUGGAAAAUACAGUAUUUUUAAAUUCAAGAAAUGACAUGACAAUAAAGCACAAUCAACUUUCUAUUUCAGAUUUGUAAGGUAUUGCAGCCCAGCAUGCUGAACUCAGUUGACUUUGGGGCUUUGAAGGACUAAUAAUGAGAGAAGCAGCUGCAGGUGAGCUGUAGUACCUUAGUAUGAAACUAAAAUAUUAAAAUCAACUUUUCAGGUUGCCGGUGUGUGGCUAAAAGCUUUGCUGCAGCAUUUUGAAUCAGUCGGGCACAGAAGAGAGGCUUUUAUGUUCCUGUGGAGUUGGCAGAGUUUCAGUAAUAAAAAGAUAUAAUCAGGGAGACCUCGGGAUGGGUAGAAUAAAAACAACUGAAGCAAAACAUUUUUGACAAGAGGAAAUAUGACUGCAUAAUCUUAAUGACCUGCUUGAAGAAAUCAUGGUUUUUUUUGGAGUUUGUAUUUUGACACAUGGCUAUGUAGUGAUUUUGUGGAACAUCCUGUGGGAAGAGGGGUGUCCUCUAAAGAGGAAUACCUGUGUUUGUGAGCGAAUCAAAGCUGUGUGCUUGUUAGUUAUUUUUAACACAGGAACCCUCUCUGUUAAUUAGGAGCAGUUGUGCUGGAAGCUCAUUUCCUUUUCUCACAUCUGGUGGCCUUUAAUUAGUCAGUUUCCACAUCUCCACCCACCACCUUCGGGUUCACAUCAGGCCUGAUAAGAGCUAACGUGGAGAUGGUGGAGGGUGUCAGGACUCCUGUAACAUGUGCCUAAUCAAACUGAAAACAAAAAGUGUGACCCCCUGAAAGAUUUUUUCGUUAGUGGUCAUGUUCGCAGGCUGUUUCCCCCGAGCAGGCAUGUUAGAGCCUGAUAUGUAACAAUGACCAGAAAUGUAACAAUGACUCGAUAUAAAAUAAAACCCAAAAUGUAAUAACUGACCAAAAAUGGAACAAGUUUCUACGUUUUGGGCAAAAAGUUAUGAAGUUUUGGGCUCAGAAUCGUGUGACAUUAUUGACCAGUUGGUACAUUUCAGGCUUUGUUAUAUAUAUUUUUAAAAUAAAUGUUGGGUCAUUGUUACAUAGGCUCUAACAAGGCUUUAGUCCUCAGCUUGAGAGGUUGCAAGCUGAGCUGUAAUAAGCUUUUUGUAGUUUAGAGUUACAUCAUUGUCAAAAGGAUUUUUCUGGUAGAUGAAUCAAGUCAGAAAAAUUACAGCGAAAAACAGUCAUCAAAGUGGUUUAACGGGAAAUCUGUGUUUGCAUAAUGAGGCUUCGGGGCUGCUAACUGAGCUACUGCUAAUUUCAGUUUGCCAGGUUUCAUUUUGUUGAGUUAUGGGGUUGAAACAGUAUUUCACUUCUCUAACCAUGAGAAAAUAGGGUUCCAAUUUAGGCUGUCUGACACUCUCCACACUCUCUCUUAACAUUCAGCCAUUGGUUAAUAAAUAUUUUUUAAUUCCAAGCUCUGAUUUUUUAAAUUUAUAUUUGUGAUAAAUAGUGUGCCAUGGACUUGUAAUCAAGGUUUUGUUGCAUCUUCAGAUUUAAAUAUUGUUAUUGUAACAUCAAUAAAAGUUACAGCACUCAGACCAAGUCCAAGCCAACAGCUUGAAGAAAACCCUAAUGAACAAACAGUCUUCAGGAUUAAAAUAUGACACUUACAUAGGCCAAUAUAAGAGUAGCUAAACUUUGAAAGUAGCUUGUAUUUUGUCUUAUACAACAAUAUACGAAUGGAAAUAUUUUUUGAACACAAUCAGUUUGCAGGGACACCAGAUGCCAGGUACUGGACCUGACGUGACUUACUGUGACAUCCUUUCAAGGGGGGGAGCUGCACAAAAUGUGCUCAAAACAGCCCAUCACACAAAUGAUUGAUGGAGUUUGGUCAGCGAGCAAAACCUGGACCUUGAUGUCCUCAACUUAAAAAUAAAUAAAAUGAGGAAAUUAUUUAUUACAUGCUGGCAGGCUCUGUAUUUUCAAACUCAGCGAGCGCUGGCUGGAGCUCAGAAUGACAACCAAGUUCUUGCAACCAUCUUGCUAAUUGAAAAGGACAAACUAAUCAUGUUCUUAGUGGGUAGAAAUCCAUGUCUGAGAUUGAUUUUAGACUUCAUCUCUUUUAAGAGGGACUCAGUAACUCAGUACUCAGCAGGGCCAUCUGCAAAAAGAGAGAGAGAGAGAGGAUUUUAGAGCGCUCGAGGUGAGGCAUGACACAGAAAUCUUGGUGGUUAUCCAAAUGAGUUAUAGUGGUGAUUAACUCUGUAUGUGUGUGUGUGUGUGUAACAAUAGUGAUGCAAUGUUUUUGUGUGUUUGUAUUAAAUUAUGCUGCCUUUGAAUUGGUCUUGUGGUGUUAUCAUGUCAGCAGAACUAUUGAGGUUCAAUGAGGAGAAAGAAGUAUCAGAUUUUCUCCCGUCGUUCUCAACACCUUCUCCAGUUCUUCUUAAAAUACAGCUGCUGACUGCAAAUAAAUCACAAAUUAGAUUUAGGUUUCAAUUAGUUUACUUAAAAUGCCUUUGGGUGGAUUCAAGUCAAUGCAAAACUCAUGUUAGUGCAAAGUGAAUCUUUAAGGUAGGAUAAACUGUUUCGAUAAUUGCAAUGUUUUUGCAUAAGUUUACAUAGACUUCUCACAACACAUCCUUCACAACACCUUAAUGGACCAAAGGGCCAAUGGUGGUGGACGGCUCCUCUUUCUUCGCUGCGGGACAGAAAGAUUCAGACGAUCUUUUGUACCAACAGCCAUCAGACUUUAUAACUCUUCUGUAAAUAGUAGAUGACUUUUAGAGACAUGACAAAUGAGACGACAGACAAUUGGAUUUCCCUAUGGGGAUUAAUAAAGUUCUUAUUAUUCUUAUUCUAAUUCAAACUUCAUGUACAAAAUCGAAUACCAUACUAACCUAAAUAUAGGACAACACUGAUCUGAACACAGCCCAUCUUUUGAGACAGAUUUUUGAGAAAAGACCAAAUUUGACGUAAAAAUCUUUUGUAUUUUGCAACGUUUAAACCAUGUAUUUUUCAGCCGUUGUAAGUAAGCUUGUCCUACUUUUGUGCUGCUUUUUUUUAAAGUAUCUUAAUAAGGAUGUUAAGAGUUCUUGGCUGAAUAAUGGUAAGGUAAAAAUCUGUUAUCAUGACAGCCCUGUACAGGUGGUAUCAUCAGUGUUUCAGUAGACACGAGUUUCUAGAUAUUACGCUAAAACUAAUAGCAAGUGUUGAUGAGAGUUUUAGUGUAUCCAUCCCUGGUUUAAGACUAAGAGGAUGUUUUGAAACCAAACACAAGUGCGUUUUGUUUUCUUUUAUAUCUGUCAGGCCAUGUGUGGCUUGGAUUCAACCAAUACAAAUCACAAAUUAUCCUGCAGUCACAUGCAGCAAAAUUAACAAUAAAGGAACUAAUAAAGAAAUAUCUUAUCUUUAAAUGGCUACGUGGCACUUUGACGUGCUUCAUUGUCUAAAAGAGAAUUGUAUGUUAAAGUUUAUUACCAUCCCAUGUGAAUGAAACUGCAGCCAGUUAGCUUGCCGCAAAGAUUGGACAUCAAGUACAGAAUUAAUCUAAAGCUGAAUGAUAGAGUAGUUUGAUUACUCAAUUUUUACUUGUGGUUAAAGGACAAUUUAUUGUCACUUGGAAACCAUAUCAUCUGUGCAGGCAGAAAAUAAUAACCUCUUGAUAUAAAAAAAAAAAAAAAGAAAAAGUCGAAAGUUUGGGUCAACUCAAACCAUCUUAUUGUUUUGUAGUUUGUGAACUUUAGUGACAUGAACUAACUAUAAACUGCAGGCGAUGUCCUGAAGUUUUUAGUGCACGUGUUGUGUUGUUUACUUGAUGUGGAUGUUUACUUCAUUUUAUCAAGUUCCAGCACGCUGUAUGUAGAGUGUGAUACUGCCUUUGGAUACUGCCUCAGUCAAAUUUUUUUAAUAAUUAUUCAAGAGUAAAAAAAAAAUGAUAUUCUUAAUUUAACUUGGGGUUAGUUUAUAGAGUAUCGCUUGUCUGGAGCAGUCACCUCCUAGAGCCAGCUCUAGUUACCCAGUAAAUCCAGAGACAGCUUCAAGCCAGGUUUCCAGACCUGAUGCUAAGCUAAGCUCCUUGAUGCAGCUCAACUCUACCCUUACCCCCCCAUUUUUUUUUUUUUUUUAACUGUUCCUUUAAACUCAUAAAUGUGACUUAGCACACACAGACACACAGCUCAAGUCUUUGUUAUGCAGAGUCUAAAAGCUGCAUUGUUGCCUGAUCAAUAGCCUAUCUGGUGUAAAAAGCCCACCAGCGCUGUCAGAGUGCAUUCAGUUGAGUGGACAGAUAGUGCUGACAGAUUGUAACCAGACCAUCAGACCAUAUGGUAUGAGGGAUAUCCCUUCUGGGCUCCUUAGUAGCAGAAAUGUUGGGAUUGGACUGGAAUUGAUAGUGCUGUUUCGCUGUUUUAGAGCUUGCCAAAAUAACUUUUGGUAGUGAGUAAUUGAAGUAGGAUUGAUCUGGAUUAUUGAUCUCUAACACCAGUGGCUUUUACUGUGGGUCAAAUGGUGAAAAAAUCCAAACGAGAUGAUGAUGUAGGCCGUCCUCCCCCAGUGGGUGGACUGAUAUAUAAGCUUAACUGUCCUGGCUUUCUUCAUGUGUUGGUGGAUGGAGCAGGAAUAAAUAGUUAAAGAGAGCUGAACUGGUUGAUAUCUUUUCUUAAUGGGAUUCCUUUAUUCUGUCAGAAAUGAUUACAUAUGUCCUGUACCGUCCAUGCUUUUUAGGCUCGGCUGUGAAUUACGUGAGUAGGGGGAGCUCAGCAUACACAGCGCUGUUGCCACAUGUGUGUGAGGGCAUACUGUGGCUAAGUAAGUGCUUCAGAUAUUUGUCAGGAUGCCAGACAUUCACAGCGAGUUUGUAACAUGGUUGCUCGCCGCUGUCUGAGCUGCACUAAGAGAGCGGAUCUGAAUGUGGGUCUGCUCGGUUUCUGUGUCAUAGAAAGCAAAAAUAGGGAAGAGGAGAGGCAGUAAUUUGGGUGGAUUUCAGUGUGACUCAAUGAUUUGUCAGGCAUUUGUCAGCAUUGUAACAGGUCAUCCAAAAUGUUCGGGCGGCAGCCUUAAAGCUGAUUACAGAUUGAAGAAUUAGGAUACUGUAUGUCUGUCCUUUAAUUUUAGCACCACGACCCUCAAGAAACUAUCACACAAACACCAUCCACCAGACAGGGAUACAAAGGGGAUUGCCUAUUCCUGGAAAACACAGAUUCUUGUACACAAGGGAUAAAAAGUAAAUAAAAUCUCAAGAAUAACCCAUUAUCUGUCUUUGGUGUCAUUUGUGUUUGCAUGAUCAUGUUAUGUAAUUUGUUGUUUAAAACAUGGUGACAGCACGCUCUCACCAAUGAUGAUCGUUUUUGGCAUAAUCCGGAUAUAAUUGAUCUGGAAUAAACCAUUAUAGCCAAAGGGCAGAUUACAUAACAUUUAGGCUGGGCAGAUUUAAGGAAUAUGUCCAAGAAAUUAUAUCACAAUAAGCAGAAAUACUAAAAUAGGCACUGUUUUUAUUUUAUUGAAGAUUAUCAAAGCACCUUAUCUGCCCCUUUCAGGGCAUGUGUGUUUAUUGUACAAGAAAAAGGCGGGACACUGUGUGUAGUGGGGACAAAUACAGAAUUUGAUGGUUUGCGAGGCAUAGUGGGCCGUGACUAGGGAUGCGCAAAAUUAUCAGCAUGAUAGCAGUAUCAGCAGAUGACCUGCAGAUAUAAUUAUCAGCCCAAAAGGUGAUGCAUCAAUUAUACUAAGCCAUGACAGUGUGCACAUGUUGGCUUUGUGGAAGUGUUUGGCAGUGUUGGAAACAGACCGCAGACAGGUAACACUUAAACCCACCAUGUAAAAUUUUGUGAAUAAGUGAACACGAUGCCUGGUGACCUCAAACCAAAAUUUCGCAUACCCUGGCCACUCAUACCUCUGCCAGUGCUCCAGAUGUACCACCCCGGUCAAAGAGCCUGGACACACCCCUUUAUGGCAGCACAGAGUAAACAGAAGGAUCAGAGUGCUUUUUUGUUUGCUCAACAAAGACUUAAGAAGCGAUUUCUCUGCUGAUUUUAAAAGAGUGAAAGAAAACUUUGCUGAACUUCAACUUUUAUCCCUGAAAGAAAGCAAAAAGGUGACCCCUGUACUGGCUGGAUUAGCAUUCAGCUGUGACAUAAAACGCACCUUAUAAAGAUUCACAAAUAACUCAUUCAGUGCACAGACAAAACGGGCACUUCGUACCAAUUUUACUCGAAAAAUGUAUUUUAUUUCAACUACAUUUGUGCCUUUAAAAGGCUUUCUAUUUUUGUGUACAUGUAGCACACCUUUUCACUUUGAUCAAGUUGAAAGACCUUUGACAGCUGUAUAAUUUCAUUAUAUAUUGACCCCUUUUGCUGCUGUUUGAGCUUGUCUAGGUGUACCUUUGAAUAUUGUCAAAGCCAUACUUUGGCAAAUGUGAAUUAGCAAUUAAAUUUUUUAUUAUGAAUGGAGUUAUUUUACUAAAAAAACCUUGUAAUAUGUCUUAUGCUACACUGAAUGAGUUGUCUAUUACCUUUGUAAGUGGAUAAAGUUGUGAGUGCUUUAUUGUGUUAUGGAACCCAGAAUUCAAAACAUGCUCUUUUGAGUCUCACAUGAAGGUGUUAUAUUUUAAAAAUCUUUCCUUCGUCACAGCUUAUAACACUUAAUUAACCUUUAUAUACGUUCUUUAAUAUACUUGUUUUCACUGACAGGCACACCGAUUAAGCCUUAGGAAUGCAUAUGAGGCUUUAUAAAUGUUACAUUAAUGUGUUAUAAGAGGUGGGUUUAUAAAUCAAAUGUUGUUUGUCUUGUUUGUGUCUGGUUCUAAAGGGAAUAGACUGACACAAUAAGAUUAACACGUAGAUUAACACGUAUCUAUCAAUAAAGGAUCCAUACCUUUCUGAAAGAGACCGUUUGAGCCAAAAAAUAGUUUUAGUUUAAAAUGACAGAACCUGUAAAGCUCUCAGCCACUGUACAUGAUAUCAUUAAAGACUCAGAGAAUCUGGAGAAAUAACAGCUGAAAACCAAUACUGAAAGCCUGUGAUCCUUAGUCUUUGGAGCGGCACUACAUUAAAAUAGGUAGGCAUGACUCUGUAGUGUAGAUCACUGCCUAAGCCCACAAGGACAAAUUAUUGAGCUGGAGUUGUUGUUUUACUUAAAGCGACAACACCUCCUUAAGAGAAAUGCUAAUUCUGUAGCAGAGUGAAAAGGCUUUACUUUUCAACGUUAAUACCGUAUGCAGGCCUAAACCGAGUCAAAUGAUGGAAAAUAGACAAAGAAAGUAAGAAAUUACAGCGAUAAAGAUGGUGAGCUGGUGAACAAUGCAAAGCCCAUUUGUGUUCAGGGAUUUCCCGGUAAGAUUGUAAUUAAACUAAAUCGCCAGUUUCUCAGCAUUAAACCUCAUAUCCUGUAGAAGAGCAGUCAUUUCCAAAAUGAGCAUGUUAUCUACUCAGCCAUUUCCUUUCACCAGCCUGCCCCACUUUCACAGUCAGAUUAAUAUAUUUAUACAAUGGUCAUUACCAGAGCUUAAAAGGUUACCUUAAAAGAACCCAUCAGGGACAAGGAGGUUCUUCAGAGAGCCACAGUAAUCACGUAGAAUUAUUAUAUGGGAUUUUCAAAGACUUAAAAGUGGUCUUGUGUAUAAGAAAUGGAAAAACUUAAGCCCAUAAUGGAGUCACAGAUAGUUUGAGAGUCAGGGUGGAUGUUUAAGUUAAAACACAAACCAAUCUCUCUGUGCUGUAAGAGGACAAUAGUAUGGACAAAAACUUUGGCAUAUCUCUUUUAACUCUCUGAAACUACGAAGAAAGGACAAGAAGAGGGAAUGAAGACUCAUUUAAACAGAAACUCUGGUGGUUGGUUUCUGAAUGAUGCCAUUGUUUUUAAGCGCGUGUAAGAGCCGAAGGCUUGUAUCAGUUUUAGCAGCACUAAUGGAAACUCAUCCUGGUUCUUUCGCUAGUCAGUUGUAGUGGUAGCUGUGAGUUUACAGUAGGCAUUCUGAUUGAAACUGUAAAGAAAGCAUACAAUCCAAGAUUUUUAUGAACUUAAAAAUAUUCAUUUUUGAGGGAUGCAAAUAUGAUGUUUCCCCAGACCCACUUUUUGGCUUUCUUCGUCAUUGCCCAGGUUAUCAGGCACAUUUACCAUUAACAACAGACAUCAGUAAGCUCUUUUAUAUACUGGAUUUAUAAUCUUAGUGUUAGACAGAAACUGGACUGUUUUCUCUGUCAUGUAUACAGCUCUGUCACACUGAAACUGGCCCAAGCACUCUGUAUCCAUGUGUCCACACACCAAGGUUUGAGCCUGAAGUCAAACAGCAUGAAUGUGUUGCUCGGAAGCAAAGUUGUAAACAAACAAAACCUCAACAAAGAAAAGACGUGAAAAAGACAAAACUUUUCUAUCCGUCAGACAAACAGUUCAGACCUGGAGAAGUGACAGUGUUUUUAUCCAUUGACGUACAUCCUGUUAGCCUUUUGCUAACACGUUUUGAUACGUUAUACAUCAUCCAAGAGAUGACCUAAUAAUAACAAGCUUAAAGGAAGAAUGCUCCCACCCACUGUAGCCGAGGCAGACAUGCUCUUGUCAAUAGUUUGAUUGUUGUUUGGUGCAUGUAUACUGGAACAGGGACAGUAGUCCAGUUAAAUCACCUAAUCAAGCUGUAACCUUAACUCCAGUUAUCUGUGCAUGUAAACGUUCUGCAUGCCAACCUGCUGCACUGAGAUGAAGAGUGAAAAAAAAAAAACUCUGUUAAUAUGAUAAUGUAUCAGUGUUUCUAGACAUGCCAGGCUGUAAAGCUGUCAAACAUUUCACUGUAUGCUUUAUUUGUUGAUAUAAUGCUCAUGUCACACUGUAAAAUCCCUUGAGUCAUAGAGAAAAUACUUAGUUUUCAUUAUUUCCAUGUUUAUUUCCAGCAAAAGCAGCGGAGUCUUUCACCGUCUCUCAUUGCAGUGAAAUUUUCCUUUAAGAGUCAUUCUGAUGAACUUCUAAAGGACUAUUGUCGACUUGAAGUGGUUUCCUUAUCUCCUGCUUGUUCGUGAGUCACCCUUUUACUGCCUUACGAGGACACAAGUUAAAGUUUGGCGAAGUUUCCUUUCAUUCUGUAAAAAUCAGCAGAGAAAUGUUUUCCAGCUGCUCCUGUUGGGCAAACUUGACAGUCUGACUGCAUUCAGAUCUCAGAUAGGGUGUCACAUCAAGACAGAUAAAGUAAUCGUUUAUCACUAUCCCAAGAGGAAGGGUUAUAUUGAUUCAGAAAUAAAGUUGAAAAUACUUUCAAUGGAAAAAAAAAAGCUUAUUAAUAGAUUACUGGAUAGACCGCCGGAGUAAUUACUAAAAUACUUGAUUACACAAACCAGCCUUGUAAAUUAUUUUUCUACCUCAUAGAAAACACACAUCCUGUUGAUCUCUUUUUGUUGAGGUGCUUAACUAAUUUCUUGUUCUGUUGCAGUUUUCUCUCUCAUAUACUGAAACAGUCACUUUUUUUCAGUUCUGUUCCUUAAUCCGAGAAUACAGAGAGCACAGCUGUGUGCUUUGUAAAAUAUUCAACAUACGAAAGCAAAGAGCCAACAAAUAAUUUAUUAAGAAAAUAAAACAACUAGAGAAAACACGAGAACAAAAGCCAUUUAGUCAGCAGGAGUGGAGUUUACAGUGUGCACAGGAGGCCUCAGAGUGUAAGUGUGUGGGUUAUGAGCAAAUAUUGAAACAUAACAACAGACCACCAACCCUACACCCUCCCCACUCCACCCUGAAGUUGAACCCCAGGCUCCCUUACAGACAUCAAUUCUGGUUCGAUCUGGUUUGAGCAAGAACAAUAAUCUUAUGGUUUCAUGACCACACAUUCAGAAGGAAUCUGUGUCUCUGUGCUGACGAGCAUCUCUGCUCAGCCUCCGUCCAAGCCAGCGAUCACAGUAAUGAAACUCCCUCCUGCACCCCCCGCCCGACCCUCUGUCUUCCCUUGCCUAGCUAAGGAGCACUCAUGCAGAACUGAGCGACUGUACGGUUUUGUCUCAGAUCAUCAGCGCUCCAGAAGAUCAUCAGUGUUCACAUAUGUGGGCGGCUUCCUUUGGGGCAGUUGUUAGCGUGGUUCAGUGAGGAGCUGAGCUCUGCAGUGAGGGAUGAGCUCUGCAGACUGCUGUGAUGUGCUGGUAUCCAACAUAAAGGUCCCAGUCACAUCUGAGGAUAGCAGUCCUCAUGAAGAGGACUUAAGCACUUGUGGCUACUUUUGCUGUUGUCCUUUAGUGUUAGAGGCAUACGUUUAACUAGAUUGAGCUGGCUCCACGCCCGGUGCUGGUAGUCAUGUCUUAUCAUGACUGGGCCUGCUGUGCAGUCCGGAUGUUUCUGACUGAGGGCGGCAGGCAAACUGGAGUUUCUGUUUUAAAGGAUAUUCUUCAUACUGUGACUAACAUUUGCUUGUUAGCUAAACUGUCAACCCUAAGAAGACCUCCAACAGGCAGCUGCAUAAAAUAAUUCAUUUAUAUUAUCCCGCUUGAAGUAAUCCAGAGUUAAAUUCAUAACCGGUCCAGCCUUUACUCUGGCCGCAGGGGACGGUACAACUUCUGCCUUUCAUAUUUUCUGUUUAAUAUUCCCUCAGUAAUGUGUUACGCAUGUGGUGUAAAACAUGGAAACAACCUGCCAGCAGCUCUGAAUUGACCACAGGAGAUCCUUGUUUGCAUAAUUUUGUUUAAACUGAUCUCAUAUUAAAACAAUAAAGAGCAAGAGCAUCCUUUCACAAAACUAAAACAGCCUCUGGGCUGUACAGAUUUUGAUGAUAUGAGUCAUUUCAAGAUACUACAAAGGCCAGUAUGACAAAAAGCAAGUACACUGAUGUAGACACUGUAUUUCUCAGUUUCACCUGACAUAAAAAAAAUUUUAAAAAGCUGAAUUAACAAGAGUUACAGGAAUCAUUGUGUGCAUAAUCCUCUCAGAGCUUGGGGAUCAAGCCUUUUUUUUAUUUAUUCACAGUCGGGGUUGAGGACCAAUUUAAAAUGAUUACAAAAAUUUCAAGGUAGAGUUGCUCGAUUGUGGACGAAAUCAUAAUCACAGUUAUUUUUUAUUGAUAUCGAGAUUGUGAUGACUUGUUUUCUCCUUCUCCUGCUCCUCUCCCUGCUCUCCUCUCCUCACCUGUUGCUACCUGGUAUUUUGUUCUGCUGUAGCUCAUGUUAAAGACACAGCAGUUCAUACUCUAAUCCUAGACUUCCUUGCACUCAAACUUUGUUGCGCAGCGAUCUAAACUCAUGAUGAUGACAUGAAAGUUAGAGCAGUUUGGGAGGGUGGGGGUAGAAUACACACUCUGCUGUUUUGGAGAAAAGGAGGGGUGCACUUCAAAAAAAAAAGACAUGCAAAACACAAUAUAUUCAUUUUCAAUAAUCAUGGUUUUAUGAGCACUUCAUGACACAUAAAACCAUCAAUACCAUAUUUCUGCCUUAGAUGGUAUAGUUAGUGGUGGUUGACUGGUGACAGUGUACAGCUGUUAGUACUUUUUCAGGGGUGUAAGAGCUUAUGGUUGAGUAUUCCUGCUCUCAGCUGAGUGACUCCACAUUGAUGCUGUACAGGACACAGGAAGUUUGUCUGAUUUAGGCAGUCAGACGUAGAAGGAGAGGCAAACUCAUUGAUUUGGUUUCCCUCUUGAAUCGAGUGCCAGAUGUGUGCAGGUUUUGUUUGGGAAUAUGCAUGUAAACACCAGAAAGUGCAUCAUAAUCCGCUUAGUGAAAUAUUCCCUUAUUCAAGAUUCAAUUGAACGAUGUUUGGGUAUUUUUGUUUGUGUGUGUGUGUGUUUGUGUGCUGAAUCAAAGUCUGUCUUCAGUACUUUCUAUGGAGUGAGCACAUGUAUGCCUCAUUCACAGACAGACUUACAGAGACAGCAGGUGAGUGGGGUUUCCAGCUGCCCUCUAAUCUUACCCUGAAAAAACACUGGGUCAUUGUUUCCCACACUGUAGUUUUGACUGUAACGGUGAACUGCACACCUUUCCGCCUUGUGUGACUGCACACGGGGUGGCAUGGCUGACGUAGGAGGCAGAAUGGGAGGCAUGAAGAGAGCUGUCUGAUGCCUUUGCUCUGGUAUUUCCCACGGAAACCCAUCAAGGAUUCCUCUCCGAGCAGGUGAUGGGAGUGCGGCUCCAGCGGGGGUAAGGAGAAGGGGGAGGAGAGGGAGUUGGUGGGUCAGCAGUAGGAGCCUCAGAUGGUUUCCCUGCCCAGCUGUUGUUUAAGCAGCAUUCCCUCCCCCGUUGCUCAGCCUGCCUGUGCAAACUAUUUGAGUCCAAAGGAUGCCUUUCUGCACAUUUGCUGUCUGAGGGGGCUGGUCCUCGGCAAAUUCCUUCUUAGGAAAUCCCACACUUUGAUGUCUCAAUAUUUAUUUAUUUAUUUAUUUUUUUGUCAUGGUAGCACAUGGUGUUCGUAAACAACUGUCACUUUAAAUGAGCAACACUGAUGAUUUAUUGUCCAUUUAUGAGUUUUGCUAAAUGAAAUUUGGAAAUCCUCACACAGCAUGUGGCUCAUGAGACGAGGCGUCUCCACCCCUUUAAAUGCAGUUAUUUUAGACUGGAAUAAACACAUUUCAAAACACCAAGUUGAAUGGCUAUGAACAGGACUUUGCUCUAGUGUUCACCUCAGGAUUGGUUUUCUUUCAGACAAUACCGAUCAUAAGUGGUUAGCUAGACUAAUAACUAAUUUAUGAGACCGAUGCAUUUAUUGUAAAAAAAGAUUUAUUUUGGUUAAAUUAAUAAUGUGAGUUUUUGUCUCUGAAACCAUAUUUUGAUAGCUGGUGUUUACUUUAAGAGUGGGCUGGUUACUAAUCACCAGUGGCUCCGUGAUACGAUACAAUCACGAUACUUGGGCCACGAUACAAUAUUAUUGUUAUUUUUAACAUUUUGCAAUACAGUGAGUAUUGCAGUACAAUAUUGUGAUCGAUACAAUUUUUUCAACUGUCAAGCUAAUUUAGCAUUUGUCUUUCCUUUAUGUUUGUCUUAUUUACACAGUAUUUUAUUUUCAUGUAGCUCAGAUUGCAAACCUCAUGUGUCAAGUCCAUCUCAUUUGAGCCCUGUUUGCUUUCCUAAUGUCUUUCCCCAGGUGCUGCUAUAUUUGUUGCACUAACUUUCUCCUGCUCUAUGAUGUCACCUCUUCCAGCCUCACCUGACAAACUGCUGACUUAAUCUUUGCACUAUCAUAGAUAUGACUUCAUAUUAUUAACAAUUAAAUUGAAAAAAUUGUUACUCGGUCUAUCGCGAUACUCUGCUGUACGGAUUUUUUCUCCCACCCCUACUGAUUACCGGUCUUGGUUACCUUUUAUGUGACACCUUAAUUUUGAUGUUUCCUUGUGUCACAGGGUUGGUGAUGAUUUCACAGCAUACUUAAUCCAUAAAAGCUGGUACUCCGUUUUCAUUGUACUGUAAGCUGAAAUGUUCCCAAAGAAGCAAAGUUGAAAAAAACUUAAGAGCUCUUUUUUUGGAUCUAGUGCAACUAGCUCCCUUCAGGUGAUCAUCUCCAACAGAUGUCUGCUUAUUUUUACUGCUUUUGAAGUAGUCAAAAGUCUGAUAACCUGUUUGAAAUCCAGGUUUUAAAAGUCAUACUUUAUUCAGUUCCACAGGUGUGUAUAUUUAUAUGCUUUAAUUUGAAGUUCGUGUGGAGCGACAAAGUGUUGGCCAGUGUUGAGCAAAUAGGAUAACUCAGUUUCAUGUUGGUCAAAGUUCAAUUAGACCAUGAACAUCAGACAUCUCUUCAAAAACAAACGGAGGAGAAAGUUAUAUAGUCCUCCUGCCAUCACUUUCCUUGAGAUUUGUGUUUAAAUGAGUGGAGGGUCAUAAAGUGACCCCAGACCCACUCACCCCCCCCAACCCCCCCGCCGCCUGUCAAAACUAGCCUCACCUGUGACCAGUCGUCCCCAUGUGGUCGCACUGUUCAGCUGACCUCCUCUUCAUGCACUCAGUAUAAGUGCUUAGUAAGGAGCAGUGAAACAGUCAGAAGUGCUUCCCACAGCAGUAUACAACAAGCAGGCCAGUUGUUAGUGUUUGCAAAGGGCUGCCUAAAGGAAAUCCUUGUAGAAGAGUAAAUCUUUACAGCAGUAACAUGUUUGACCCCUGACUCUUUGCUCCUGGUGUUGAUUGACUUUAGUUUUUUCUCUCUUGCAGACUCAGCAGACCCUCCCCUCACUCGGGGACUGUAAAUAUUAAAAUGUUUGCAAGAUUCAGAUGCUGAGCACACUUCUCUGAAAGUCUGUUUCUUAUUGUUUUCCCAUACACUGUGGCUGGAAUCUGUUAGCAGAGAUUGAUUUAUCAUUUAGACGCCUCAGUCAUGAUGUACUGUUGUUACACAGUUCAUCAGCUUUUACUGCACCCACUGUCACUGAUCUGGGUCGAAGAAAACAGUCAAGUAAAUACCAUGUAAAUGCAGCUCAGAGACUCUUCUUCAUCAAGCAGCUUGUAUUAAAGCUCAUUAUGACCCAAAAUCACGUUAAAAGUUAGGCUGGAAACAAGUGCUAAAAAAGGAGCAAGUCAGGUAUUAGGUUUUAUUAUUUUAAUUUUUAACAAGAUUUCAAGAUUUAAUCAAACCAUAAGAAAAAUAAAAAUAUUUCACCCCAACAAAGAAAAACAAAACAAAACCAAGAAUAAAAGCUUUUUUUUUUUUUUUUUAACAAAUCUUUAACCAAAAAAAUCAGUUUGCAUUUCAGUGAUGAACCUGCUGUAGUGCUAGUGAGAACAAAUAAGUGCACCAGAAAAGAGUGAGGUGUGUCUUAUUUCUCAAGGCCCAACAGUCACCAAACCAACAACAGAAGGAGAGGUUAGUACAUUCGCUGUGAGAACAGGUCUUCACCUGCUCGAGGUCCUUCACUGCCACAGCCUUCAAAAUGCUGAGGCAUCAGUUUUCAUUUACACUGGUCUGUUGUUCAACGGUGUGAUGACAACUGUGUGGAAGUGCAACUUGUUACCAACACAGGGCAAAAGAGACUACUACUACUAAAAAGACUAGAGCUGUUUAUUGAACCUCAAAACACUGGAUUUUGACCUUGGAGGGAGCAUGGCUGCAGGAUUAUGGCAAAAAUGAUUAUCACAGUCAUUGAAUUUGCCAGAUUAUCUAAACUGGUGCUGUAUUUCACAGAUGGCUGAUAAAAUGAGUCAAUUUAAAAGUGUCCCAAAGUCAACACUUUUCCCUACUGGAACUUUUAGAGAUGUUUCCUCAUUUUCCUCAAGCCUUGUCAACAUGCAGAUCACCAGCACAGCAUCUUAAAACACAAGAUGUGUUAUGUGUGUACUCUAUGUGCAUAACAUACAGCAGGCAAUAGAGAUAGACCGAUUCAUUGGUCGGUUGGUCAAUGACAUUUCUUUUCCAUAGCCAAUGAUAGUAAGUCAAAUCCAAACAGUCAAUGGUUGUUGUUUAAUAUUAAGUCUUUUGGGAUAUGUACAAUAACAUGACAAGCAUAUACGUCACUCUUUAUUCUGGCUGGUAAAAAUAACAUGCCCAGCUGGUGUUUUUUUUCAUCUACCUGCCAAAUCUGCCUGAGUUAAAAAGGUAAAGCUGCUAUGCAGAGUUUAUUCUGAGGUUAUGGUUUAGACUAAAAUUGAUGUUUUUGUCUCUUUUUGACGAAUAAAAAAUGAAGAGAAAGAAAACAUUGGGGACAAGAUUUAAUUUGUCUAGAUUAUUAUUGUUGAUGUCUGUAACUGCUGUGAUUAGUAUGCACUAAAAACCAUGUGGUCCUUGUUCCAGCGGAGAUCAGGAUUUUUCUUUCUGAAGGGUUAAUUUAGGAGACGUCCCUGUUGCUACUAAUUGCUGUGACCAUGUGGUCGUAGGGAAUGGAGGACUUGAUUUUUAGGAGAAGUUUAAGGAGAUCUGAGCCAUCUUGAGGAAAAAGAAAAGCAUUUAAAUUGUUUUGAAAUAAAUGUAAGCUCAUCUAUGUGCUGGAGAGAGAGAGGAAGAGUAAAGGACAUCGAUCAGACAUGCAUCAUGUCAGUGUAUCCACCACGCUUCACGCAGAGCACAAACAGACCUUUUGUUCCUGAGCAAAAACAAAGGCUAGUUAAUAUUCUGGGAUGUGAGAGACCAGUGUUGUAAGAGCAGACUUCCACAGCUGUGUGUCCUGAGCCCGCUGUUUCAGAGCUGAUAGCAUCUUGAUGAGCGUGCUGAAUGCUGCUGGGACACCCUUAAUGAAGACUUUAUAAGCUUCCUGCUGCCAUCUCACACAUUAUGCUCCCGAGUGCCACAAUUGUGCAGCCACACGGCUCAAGACACAAGUGCUUUUGGCUGCACUCUUUUCGUGUGUGUUUAAUGCGCUGUUACAUUUGUCUGUUGGCGUUCAUGCAUUGUUGAGUUGUACUGUUUGGUUGCAAAGAGCCGAGAAAACCACCACUGCAAGGAAUUCCAAAAUAAUACUUUGGGUCUGGUCCAUGCUGAAAGGGUGUGCAGGUAGAGCUGGUAGAAAAACCUCACAUUGUUUACUCUUGGAUGGAUUUCAUUGGCCAUCAGACACUGGAACUGCAGUCCUGAUCACUGUUUUUCACCAUCACAGUCUCAGGUUUUGGUCCCUUUUGACAUUAAAAUAAGUCUUUUGUAGUAAUGAAGUCACAUGGCAUGGGAAUGACGUGAGAAAAAAGCGGAACUUUCGACGUAGCAGUGAACAUCAAAGCUUCUGAAACCCCCUGGAAGAAAACAGCUUAACACUGACAGAUUUAUAACCUAAAAACAGAGUGAACGUCAUUAUCAGCAGCUUGGCUAGCAGCCCCUUCUGAGGUCCUGUCCCCUGAAGAGCCACAGGGAUUAUUUUUUAACAUUAAACCGCUUUACACUGUGUUUCCACUGGUUUUAACAGAGUCCUUUGUUUUGGAGAGGAAGCAACCUCUGUUGAUAAUUUUGGUUCUGGUAGAAAAUCCAAAAGCUGAGCUUGUGACAUCAGCAGCAGCAGCUUGGCUCUCAGCCUCUCCUCGUGCCCUGUCCCCUGAAGAGCUGCAGACAGAUUAAAAAAAGGAAUGACUGUUUCAUUCUGUUAUUUCAGACCAUCUGAAGUGUAACCACCAAAAAAAGAGAGGGAAGAAAUUUAAUUGUCAAAGCUCUUAUAAGGAUUUUUUUUUUACUUUUUAAAAAGGCUAAAAUUUAGUGAAUACUUUUUUAUGAUAAGAAGCAAAUAGGACCGCCAGUAACUUGGUUUUUGAUUUCUCAGUAACUCAGAAUUGAUUUGUUGUUAAAAGUCACCAAAAUUGACACAAACUAAAAGUUCCUCAGCCGUCCCCAAAACUAUUUCAACAGCCCCAAAGUGUCCCAAAGCGUGACUCUUGUUACUUAAAGGGAUAUCCCAGCAUAAAAUUAAGUUAGGGUCAAACACACCGUAACACAAAGUUAGACAACCCAGCGGUCUUAGGGAAAAGCGCUCAACCAAAAAGCCACUCUAUAGCCACAAAUAAUGCUCAGAACAGCACCUAACUGCAUCAACAGUACAUAUUGUGUCCCAGUCAUAGUACUAGCCAUCAAACAUCUUUUUAGCCUUGCCUGAUUUCUUUAGCAAAGAGGCUAAACACAACUUACCCACUCUCUUCCAGCAGCCACUUGUUUGUAGGAAGACCUUGGACGAGUCCUUAACCGUCUGCAGUGGGGUGACGCGGCUAAAGGAAGGGUCCUCAAUAUUCCAUGACAAGAUUUCAGAUCCUUCUUGAAGGUCUUGAAGCUUUAGAUAGUGAGGGAAAAAAGUGUCAGCACAAACAAACGUCCUCGGAUUAAAUCAACGUAAUGUUUCGGUUUCAUUUGCUCAGCUGUAGUGACUCACACAACUGGGAACAUACAGAUCAAAGGGACAUCUUUGAUCAUUCCAAACACAUUUUUAUGUCCCUCAGGAGGACAGGACGGUGUGAGUCUGGAGCUCUGACACCCUUUUUUUUUUUUUUCCCUAAAGUUCACAGUAGCUUCAACAAACUCUUCAAAUUUUAAGCACUCAAACAUUUUUGACUACGUAGUGGAAACUCAUCCUGGCUUUUUAUUUAUUUAUUUAUUUUUAACCAUAUUUCACAGCUCUGUGUAAAGGUUAGAGAAGAAUCACCCAUGUGUCUGUUAAGUCUGCAUUAGAAACCAAACCCUUUCAGUUCAGCUCUUUUCAGUGUCCAUCCUUGGAGCAAGCAGGAAGUGAGGCAGAUUAAACCUUUUGGACCUGUUAAGUCAACACGUCUCUGCUGUGUGCUGUUGUAUUAUUGUUCAGUUGUCAGCCUGAGCCUGAGCUCAUCGUCCUCUGCUGCGCUCUCCAUCCACGCUCUCAACAAUGAGCGCUUAUCUCUGCAGGCCGGGGUGGCUCAGCUGCCCUAACACAUCCCCCUGUCCGAGUCCCGGCCAAAUAAGCAUUAUCAGGUAGAGGAAUUGCUGGCAGGUCAAAAAAAAGGGGAAAAAAAGAUCCAUGUUAAUAUGCCAGCAUCCAGAUUAGCCUGAUAUCUGCAGAUGUGACUGUUUCCAGGUCUUUAUAUGUGGCAGAGGAAUUAUUGGUUAAUCCUCAGUGACGUGCUGAUGGACAGCUUUAGAGAAAGGGUGAAUAUUUCUGCUGCAGAUCAAACGUGUGUGUGCAGGGGUAAGUACACCAGGUGGGGGAGGGUCUGGUUUGUCAGGCGGCCGAAUGUUAUCCAGGGAUUUACCACCGUGUAUUAUUAUCUGACCGGUACAUUGUAGACUCACAGGGAGGAUAUAGGUUAGUACACAGUGGCAUUACUCUGAAACAUCUUUCUGUAUGGGUUGGUUUGAAAUAGUGUCACAAUCAUGGGACUCCAUGAAAUGAUUUGACCCACAAGCUUCGCUGCAUGGACAUACAAAUGUUUAUUUUCAUCAGGCUUUCAAAAAAAAAGGCUGUGUGGAAAUUGCAUUCCUAAUUAGGAUUAAGGAAGGGGUCAGGCAGCCUGGACUAGAAUGUGAAGCAUUUGCAAUGAGCAGCGCUGAUGCCAUCUGUGCAGAGAGUGGUGAGGAGCUAAUUCUGGCACUGAGUGUGGUGCGAUUUAACACAGAUUUCUGUGGUAGCAGCUCCAAAUCAAGCAUGGGAUUUGACUCUGACUGCAGCCCAAAAAUCUGUUGCAUUGAGCUGAAUUAGCCCCCACCCCUUUCCUGUUAAAUCUCCUUUAAGCUGACGCCAUGGAGCUCCCCAAUUCACUCGGACAUCCAACAUGUGUGGCAUGUCAGAUUGUUCGCAUUACAGAGAUGCUGCGCCAGGGGAGGCCCACGCUCACCCUCUUGGCCUUCUGCUUCGAUCUGUUUUGACAAGGCGUUCUCACAGUCUCCCUCAAGAGGCUGACCCGGGCCAAAAAAAAAUGAGCGGCCAAUUAUUUCAUGAUGAAGUACGGUCAUCGUGUCCCUGGUGAGUGUGAAAGGCAGAGGGGGACUGCUGCUCGGCCCUCUUACCUGGGAGCGAUCCCAAUUAGCAGACUGUGGGUGCUGUGGACGGUGCUGACAGCCACCAUAAAUAGAGCCUGGUCAUCUAAAUGUUAACCUGUUCUUGCUGUGGAGAGGAGCUGCUUAUGACUGGUGGAUAUUACCUGCAAUGGUCGUAUCACUGUCAAAGUCAGUUUCAGGAUUGACGGAAAACCUGUGGAGUGUCAAAAUCUCACGGUCCUCUUCCUUUCAGCCCUUUGAAUAUUAGUGAACUCUCAGUAUAAUUCAGGCAGGAUGGAUGUCUGUGGAGGAGAAGUGAAGCAGUGACUAUUUCAGCUGACGCCUGAUUUACAAUUUAAAUCAAUGCUUUGCCUGAACGGUGUUACCGGGUGCUCUUUAGUGGGUGUUUUUUUUCUGUCUUGUGCAGCUAUCAGUGCCACAAACUUCCUCCACUCAGCCGUAUGCAUUUUUUAAAACGCUUGAAAAAAUAAGGCUAACAGCUGCUGUAACUGCCACUGGUUUAUUUCAAACUCAACAUCAGAUCAUUGCACUAUUUUAGGUCAAAACCCAUUCUGACUGCAGUAGUUUUUGUCAUUUCACAGGUGAUUGAUGGUCAGGCUGCUGAUAACUCAUGUUGAGAUGGUAUGUGGUGAGGAUGAGGUGUUUCAGUAGGGGGAUCUUAAGUAUAACUCAAAGGAGAGUCAUGUUUUCCACCAGGAUCUCACGACUAGGCUUUCGUAACUGUCAUGUAGAGGUGCUCUAUGGAUACAUAGAACUUUUUAUGUUUUCUUUAGAGAAGGGUUGCAUGGGUAAAUAAAUAUAAAGUAAAAAAUGAUACAAGGAACUUUGCCUUUCUAAAAGAAAAUUAGUCCAAAGCAUGCUGUAAUAAUAUAUGGCUAAAAUCUUACAAAUCUAACAAAUAUCUUUACCAGAGUAGGUCACAACACUCAGGCACUUUUAAAAGAUUUACCUGGUAGGAUAAAGGCAUGCUAACUACGCAUAAUUACAACAGUAACAACUUCCUCUCUAGAGGAAAGUAACAUCAAUCUUUCAGCAGUAAAUCUCAGUGAUGAUUUUGCAGCCCAUAUUAAAUUUAAUCUGUUAGUAGCUGGUUAGCCCAUGUUGGGGCUGCUCCAUUAUGGCAACAAUUGUGAUCCCUACAGCCUCUUUAUCAACAUGCUGACUCUGUCCCUUGGCUUUUCAGACACACAGAUGCACACACCUGCCUCUUCCUGCUCUCCUCUCUCCUCCUCCUGCUCCUCUCCCUGCUCUCCUCUUUCCACCUGUGAUUGUGAUUGUUUGGACCACUGUUGCGCAAUGUGUUGAAGAUUGAUUCGCAGAUUCCUCCCAAACUUUAUUACACACUGAUUCUGUAUUACACACUUAGCUUGUAAUGAUAAGGAGAAAGUGAGAGCUGACUGAAAAGGGGGAAAGAAGAAAGUCCUGCCUUUGAGGAGGAGAGGGAGGGUGCACAAAAAUAGACAAAAGGGAAAUAAAGAGCAAGACCGUUAUCACAUUUUUGUGAUUGUCAGGCGCAAUAAUAUUUUUUUAAUGGUGUACGUUUAUUUAAGAGUAAUGUUUAUUUUCUACAAAUGGAGAGAAAUAAAAAAAAUUGUUACAGUUGACAGUUCAUCUCUAGUGAGCCCCAUUAUCCAAACUAUAAGAAUAAAUCAGUGCACUGGCCAAUUUACAAUCUUUGUAGGGCCCUAUGAAAUCCGUUUUAUUUUUUCCAAAUUCCGUUCUUUUCUGUUUUAAUUUUUUAGAAUGCUGUUUUUUACCUUUUACAUUUAUUUACUUUCGUAGGGUGUGUGAUUUUAGUGUCAGUAAAUAAAAUGUCAAUUAAUAAAAUGCAAAUGUUCCUAAAUUUAUAGCUGUAAUACAUCAUUGCCCAGUAUUUCAAGUCAAAACAUUAUGUUGUAACAUAACAAUGUCCCAAAAAGUGCUUUAUGUACAAAGUUUUAAUAAUUUUUAGCAUUAGCUAGCAUUAGCAGCAGCACUGUGUUUUUCUUUGUUUUUCACAUGGGUUUUAGACGACAAACGGUUGUCACACCCAUUUUUGCGUUUCCAGUCAAUGAUAUGUCGCCAGAAUCCAAAUGACAUGUAAAAGUCAUUUGGAUAUUGCUCGGCUCUGUACUUUGGAGACCGACAAGAGUUUCAAAGUUUUUUCACAGAUAUAGCUGGUGUUGCUGGUGGCCGCUUCCACAGGCUGUUUAUUCAGGAGGGAGGGGGCGGGUAAGUGUUUGUGAAGAGAUGCACGGGUGGUGCCACGAAUGAGCGGUCCCCUGGGACAUUUCACUAGACAAAUGUUUCUACUCGUGAUAACAGCAUUCAGUCACAACAUGCCAAUAUCCGCGAAAUUCCGGGUUUAACAGUAGAUUCUGUUUUUAUUGGCCAAUUCCACGAUUCAGUUCGUGAUUCUGUUAACCUGGAAAUCAAAGGGCCCUAUCUCUGUGGUCAGUUCUGGGCCUAAUGGUUAAAGUGUGAAUCCUAUGUACAAAGGCUGUGUUUUUGUUGCAGUGGUUGCUGGUUUGACUCUACAUCCAGCUAUUUAGCUGCAUGUUGUCCCCUUUUCUCUGCUCCCCACAUUUCUUGUCUCUGUUCAGCUGUCCUCUCCAACGUAUAUAUGUAUAUAUAUAUAUAUACUGUAUAUAUAUAUAUAUAUAGAUAAACACCCCCCAACCUAAAAAAGAUAGAAAAAUUGAUGGGAAAAAAAAAUAAUUACAACAGACCUGCCACUGCUGUCCAUGCCUGUUUCAGCACAGUCAUAAAAUAACAACCAACAGGAUGACGAAAGACUUUUUCAUCCAUUUGAUUUGACUGAUAAACAAACAUCUAUUGAGUAAAAUGGUGCAUGUACUCUCUGGUAGCCUCUUCAGUUCAUGUCUCUCAAACCCCAUAAUUAAGCUUCAUACUCACACAGCAGCAAUAUCCCCUGAUAUCCUUUGAUAUUGAAUGGAUUGUCUCACUUUUUUUAGCAAAAAUCAACCAGAAUAGUAACCUAGGGCGAGGAUGCAGUGCUCAGUUACACCUGCUGAAGCUCUUUCACUACUGGAGCUGCAGUGUGCGCUAACAUAAGGCAAUCAUUGUGUUUGUUUCACUGUCGUACAGCCCUCACUGAUAUUUAUGGAUAAAACUGGUGGCCGCUGCAGGGAGUUUCUGGUCUACGGUGAAUGUCAAACCCUGUAUGUAUAUCUCCACAUCCACGACAUAUAUGUGGACCAAGGUUAUUGUGUCUUCAGUCACAAUACCCUUUGACCAUUGUUCUGCUUAAUUAGGCAUUCAUUCACUCCUACUGCCUGAAACUGUGUCACACAACAAAGGUCUUCAUUGGCAUGCCUGGCUGCUGGGACCAUGUGAGGAGGCACCAAACAACAGGACUAUUUUUAUACGACGACAGGAUCUGAUCGUCUCAGGGCCAAAAGUGCUUCACAUGACUCCAUGAAUCAGUGAUAUUAUGUCUGAAGAUCACUCAGGGAUCAUUUGUUUUCUGAAUCUCUUUUUGUUGCAAAUAACUCUGGCACCAUGAGCGGAUACAUGAGUAGUAUAAGAUGAGGGCAGGAUGUCGUGGCCCUGAUCUCAACUAUCAAAUCAGGGCUGAUCUUGGCAUUUUUUAACUAUUUUUUUUUUAUCAUCUCAACCGGACUGUUUCCACAUCUUUUCAUCGAAAUAUCGUCGACCAAAUUCCUACCUUUUCCACUUUUUUUCUGAUCAGGGAUCUGAUCUCAACAUCCCCAUAAAAAAAAAAUAUAUUGUUUGUGCCUCACAUAAGUAUUUUGUUGGAUUAAAAUCAAUGGUCUGUAACACCAAAGUCACGCAAUGACUAACAAAUCCACCAAUGAGGCAACAUCAGACCAACAUCUCUGAGGGAACAACUUCCUGUUUUUAUCACUUGAGUCAGGAGGCUGCGAGAGAGGCAGCAGAGCACUGUUUCUGGAUAAAAACAGGACACUUGAUCAAAUAAUGUUGUUUGACACUCAGUCUAACAGUCACAGCUUUUACAUUUUUAGGAGACGUCAGUCAGCUGGGUGCACAUUUGUACCCAAAGACCAAGUUGCAGCCAUAACAGCCAAUUUUUCAGUUGACUGAAGCAACGUCUUGGAGCAAUUCCAUGGUAUCAGGGUGUUUAUCAGGCUGAAAAAUAAUAUGGAGUGUUUCAGUCUAUUGUUUUGCCUUAGAAAUAAUCAAAUGUUCAGGUGUAGUCAGAAAAAAAGCCUGAACUGGAGAAAGGUCACCCUAACUUCAUCUGGGUAAAGAAGAGGUGGGUUGGAAAGAAAAGUUCAGCUUAUUUUUAGCAAAGUGCACAUUUCCUAAGCAGCUAUUUUGUGUGCUGAGCCUGCGAGUGCCUGUUGUGAAGCGAUGGUUUUAACACAGGGACGGGCACAGUGACAAGUUAAAGGCGCUGGAUGUAAGGUGGGAGAGGGAAACUUGCUUUUUCCUCCUCUGUGGUCCAGUCCUGUGAGCGAGUCGUACUUAGCUCCAGGUCAAAGCGGGAGCAGGCCAGAUGCAGACGCUAACACUGACGCAUAGUGACAGGUUCCCAGGCAUUCAGUGACACCCUCAGCUCCUCCCCUGCCCCCCCUCCAUCCUCUCAUUGGCUUCAGCCGAGUCUUUGACCCGGCCUGGAUCAGAGGCCUCACCGGCAGCAUGGAACAUGGGCUGCCCUGGCCUCACAGUGCUCACAGAUCAGGGCCCGAAGCAGCCUUAUAUGUAAAUGCAGAAUAAAUGAAUACACAAGGAGGCCUUGUGGGGAAAGUGGAGCUCUGUUCAACACACCUGGAAAAGAUAGCAUGCAUUUGAAUGAACUCAUGGUACCAGAGAACAACUUUCAGUCAGACAGAAUAAAUUUAUCCAGCAGAGAGAGAAAAAGACAAACACUGGGGUGACUUUUAGCUCAACUGAGAGUGUUUGUAGCCUUAGUUUCAUAAAAAUGAUUCCAUUGUUGUAUAUGUAUCUUGCUGCAGACCCUGCUUUUACUUCACGUGGUUUGGUCUUUGGGGUUUAUUUUGCUCCUCUGUUGGUUGAAGAAAACCACAUUCGCCGACUUACUUCUUUUAUAUCAUUUUACUUUUUCUGGCAGCAUGCUCCCUUGACGCAAGUAAAGGUUAGCUGAGCUUAAAGAAGAAUUUGACUUUUGGGGGAAUGUGCUUAGUCUGUUUCUUGUCUGAGGUUCAAUGUCUUAUUUUUGCUCUGAAUUUAUUAGAGGUAUCAGCAGACAUGUAUCUUAGCUUGGUAAAAAAUAAAAAUAAUAGAGGAACAGUCUGGCCAUAGUACAAGUAGCACAGUACAUGACUAUUAAAUCCAUCAAUCAAAUUUGGAUUUUUGUUUGUUAAUGCUAAGAUUAGUCUGUUUGUUUCUGCUCUUCAGCUCAGCUACGCACCAAACGCCAGGUGUAUCUGGGUCACAUGUUUGGUUUGCAUGUCAGAAACUCAAAGUCAGUUGUUUGGUACAAGCUGCCACAACAAAACUACUACUAACCUUGCUGUGUGAAAGAUUUGAUCUAACUGAGAGAUGUAGUAAUGCUGGGGUCAGACUACACAGAUUUGUUUUUGUUUUCCGAUGAUCACUGUCAGAUCAGGUGAUCACAAGUCCAGAAAUCUGUGCUGUGACUCUAACAAAAGACAGAGCAGACUCCACAGUGGUACCUGACCCACAAUCAUAGCCAUUUUGAUUACACUGAAACAAAGAGACGCUGGGCCUGACACCACCUUAACCUCUCAAGUAAGCUAGCAUCACAGCUAGCAGCCCCCUAUGUUCUGUGUUAGCUGAAAGGUAUUAGGGAUCUACUGAUUUCAUCUUCUCUCUGGCUGUUGAUCCUUGAUCUGAGCUUGUUGACAUCUUGUUUGUUUAGCACAGAAAUGUAUUAAAGCAUUUUUUCCAGUAGUUAAACUACAGCAGAGAUAUUUUGAAAAGCAAGUGUUGAUAUUUUGAAAUAGUCGGUUGCAAACUCACCAGCCUUUGAUGGGUUAAUGAUAUAGAAAACCUCUGAUCUAAAUAUAUGUGAAGUGUACAUUUAUAUGAUGAUCACUCCACCCCUGACCAGCAUUUGAUACAUUGAUACUCAGGUUUAGUAUAGCUUUGAAACACAAUGUCUGACAUUUUGGGCUGUAACUGAGCUCUGACCUCAGCCCCAGAGGCAGCUCAGCUCACAGCCCCUGACACCUACAAUGACAGUUUUAAAGGGGAGUAAUUCAUUCAUUAUUACUCUGUUCAGUCCCACAGUGUGAAAUGUCCACUACAGGUCUUAAAUGUUAACCUUAGCAUUAUUUGCAGCUAUAGAGUGGGUUUUUGGUUGAGCUAUGUGUGUGGCUCCUCAGACCGCUGUGUAUUGCUAUCUGCGGUCAUUUCUAAAGUUGGUAUAACUAGAGAAGCAAGCAGUCAGCAACAUUCAUCUCUCGAGGGGAUGUUUAACUCUGUGUUACGGUGUGUUUGACCCUAACUUAAUUCUAUGUUGGAAUAUCCCUUUAACAUCCUAAUUCCUUACAACAACCUUGCAGCUCAGUUUACAGCCCCCAUGUCCCGUGUCAUGGAAAGACUAGUGCAGAUUUACUGAUUUCUCUCUUUAUCACCUCUUUAUCACUGAUGGUCCUAAUCAUGGAGACUUCCUCAGUCUAAUGUAAUUUUACUCAUGUGACUUGUUAGCAUUUUUGUUUAUUUGUUGAAUCAGCAAAAGACAUUUUCAAGGCAAUACUUUGUGUUUGUUGUUGAUCGUAACCUGAGAGAGUUUGUGAAAAAAAUAAACAGGUCUGGAAAUAUUGAAAUGAACAGUUACUAGCUCAUCAGCCUUUGAUAGGUUUAACUCUGACCUAAAUACGUGCGUCUAAAACACCAACGCUCCACCCUUGAUCAGCAUGUGAUACAUUAAUACACAGGUUUAAUAUAGCUGCGAGUUUUACAUACACUUGAAGAUGGCUGCUCUGUCAGUGACAAGUUACUCUUGUGCGCUUGAACAUGGUGACAUUUUCCCAGCAGCUGAAGCAGCAUCUGACCCUUUUAUACUGAAGGGUUUGCCUAUUUUUUUUUUAUCUUAGCCACUGCACAUUUGCAUUUUAGAGGACUUAACCUUUUGAGCCAGAGAGAGUUUUGUAUUUUAGCCUAAGCUCAGAGGAAUAGAAUUUCAAUGUAGAGAGCUUAAGUAAGUGAAUGAGAAUAAACUGUUUUGUAAACCAAUAGGAAUGGAUUUCCCCUGUCGAUCACACAAAGAGAUUACUCAGACAUAAAACUUUAAUGUCUGUCUUUAUCUUGCAAGCAGUUUUCUGCGUUUGAGUUGCCACAGAGCUGUCACAACAUUUCAACUCCAAAGAGGUCAAAGGAGGUGAGAGCAGGAGGAAGAAAGUUUAAAAUACACCAAGUAAGAGUUCGACAUUGGUGGAUGACCACAGCUGAGACAAUCUGGGGGUCCUUCUGGCUGCCAGCUCAGCCCUAAACCCCCCCACUGUCACCUUGUAAAUAAAUUGCUGUUUUCAAGGAGCAGGACCUAUGCGGUCUGUUUCUACCACUUUCUCCCACAGCCCCAGAACAGGUGGGCUCCUGUCGAACACUGGUUGCUGGUGGGAGGAAGGGAAACAGAAUCCGGUUACUAUGGAAAUAUCAGCGAUAUUGCUAUGGGAACUGGAGCAGCAGAGCGCACUUUGUCUAGGAUCUAGCUGUAAUCGUCUCUCAGAAAGAAGCUUAUGGUAAUAUGUGAUGCUCUUAUGAAUUAAUUUGUCAGGCUUUGUGUCCCAGCUGACAUCACAGACUUUUAUCGAAUGGAAAUUAGCGUCUCCUCGGGGUAAAGCAUGUGAGACACAAGAGUGCUCCAGUAAUGCGCUAUUCAACUUGUUGUUUGCCUCUAGUCAGCAUCUUAGGAUUACAAUGCAAGGCUGAAAUAUCUAUAAUUAAAGGGACAUUUCACUAAUUCGUCAUAUCAGAUCAUGAUUUAACUUGGUUUGACACCUAUGAAAAGAUUUUUCUUUUUAUAGUUUAAAGAAAACCUAAAGAUGGCCCCCCCAUCCUCAAUCGUUUUCAUCUAAUCCUUUAUUGACACAGACUUACAGUCCCAUAAACACCCAGAUAUUUUCUUAGUACAGCAGAUUGAUGCUGUAGAUUUUUUAAGUGCCUCAGUAUCUAAACUGUUUACAGAUGUAGCAGACAACUGGCAUUUGUUCUGUUGCUAUUUUGGUCAGUUUAGGUAUUUAAGGAGUAAGAAGUUGAAGCUUUUCUCUGUUAGUGCUUCAGCUUCAGAUUUACACUAACAAAAAAAAGGUUGAUCCAGAUGUCACACUUUUAAAUAGAGACAAAUAAAAAUAAAUUAUACACGAAGGGUGCCACAGCCACUACUGCCCCCUUAAAAGGUAUCCUCUGCCUCAGUUUCUCUGUGGAGAAAAUAAGCUUCCCUUUACGUUAUAAAGCUUUCUGUAACUCUUUUCAUCUCAGGGUUUAAAUUGGUGAGUAUUGGGGUGGGAAAGUUUCCAAAGAAAUAUAACUGUAUGAGUUGGAGUAUAAGACAUUAUAUUUCCUUAAAAUACAUGAGAAAAUAUGGGAUCUUCUUGCAGUCGGGGUCUUCAAUUUUACACCCCAAUUAAUCAUAUAUUGAGGAUAGUAGUGGAAGUACUGGUUUUUCAGUCACCUAUAGUAACACAUCAUAUUUAGAGAUCGACAUAGUUGCACAAAGAGAACAGCAGGACCUGAAGUUGUCAGGCAGCAAAGUUUGCUUGAAUCACUUGAAAAUUAAACUCAAGUAACAACAAUAAAAACAUGUUGUUGCUAAUUGUUGAUGUGUGUUUUUGUUUUUAUGUAUUGACACCAACCUGCUAAUGGGACUGGGGACGGAAAUUAGCCUCUUGGCUAUAAUCCCAUGCAUUUACAUGUAAAUGUUCAUUAAUGCUUAUUGUCCCAUUAAAAAUUAUAUUUAAUUCUAAAGAAUCAGAGGAAGCAGGACUUAAAUGUUGAUCCAGAAAGUCCAUCAGAAAAUAGUGUCUCCAACACUGGUUUGAAGGAGGAAAAAAACAGUCAAUCAGAGUGUGGGAGAGGAACUGCAGCUCACAAGCACAGCAUAGCAAGAACUGGCUUUGCAGGCUCCAACAAAGUGAUCCGGAUGAAGUCUGGAGAAAUUUAGACCUCACUGAGUGACAGGAGGGACAGGGAGGACUGUGUUGGUUGUGCUUGCUGUUUGAUUUAGAACAUAAUAUGGAAGAAGAGCAACUGCUAACUGCUCAAUGAAAAGAAUGAAUAAAUAAAGGGUGAAAUAGGAAAAAAAAUCUAAGGUAAAAUACUAUGAUACAACAAAGACAGUUCUGUUUGGCUCCAAAAUACUUCAUCAUCUAAGUCCAGUUCACACUCAAGUCCCACCAUGGACACCAAAUUGUGGGAAAUAGUUCAGAGGAUAUUAUGAUGUUGUUUUGAAAUGUUGGCCUUUAAAUAAAGACUAAUCAUGCUUUUUCCAACAUUUCAUGUGUUUCUUCUUUGUUAUUGUAGACACUCCUACAAACACUCUUAUUUUUCUUAUCUGUUCCUCCAGUUUUUCCUGCACAACACUUUGAAAAUCACCCUCUUCUCCUGGCUUGGCUGCAGUGUGCUCCAGGCUCUGGGUGAACUUUUCAUCACCGUGACCACAAACUCAGCAGUCAUGUGUGCAGCUGCCAAAACCUCUAACCUAGUUUGCGCAGGAACAAAAACAUUUACAUCUGUUCAAAGAUUUUUUUGUGUUUUGAGAUGAAAUUUUUUGGCAGAAGUGCCAGGAAAAAGAGUGGCAGGAAUGCAGCAGUUCUGGCAGCUUUUAACUCAGCAGGGCAGUGUAAUCCACUGACUGUGGUUCUUAGAGGACAGAGUCCUGCAGUCAGUCUGAGGCCCUGCAGUCACAGGAGUGAUCUGAUAAUCUAUCUGACUCUUUGUAAAGUACUCAGCAGAUUUACAAUGCUAAUGAUUGCUUUCCUCUUGUUUUGAUUAUGGUCAGCGUUUGAUGUGAUGAUGAAGUUUCUCCACAUCCUUUAUCCUGAGCUUGAUUGGAGAACAAACAGAUCGGGGCGGAGUGAUGAACCAGUCUCACUUAAUAUUCACCUCCUUCUUCUCUUCAGUGCAGUAAUGCGGCCUGUUUUUACCUCAGCAGCUCUUUUAUUGUUGUUAUUCGCUUGGUUUGCUUGUUUACCUGUGUUGAAAUUGGAAACACGUUGCUGAAUAUGUAUCAGGGGUAUCUAGGCCAUGUUAUUCAUGUAACACAAGCUGCAUGCAGUGAAUAUAUAGCCUAGCACGUAUGUUCUCCUGUCCAUGAAGCUGUCUCUGCACAUGUGUUUGGAUGCACAUGCUCUUAGGGUAAAAGGACCUUAAUGUAACUCAGAGAAAUGUGUGACUCAAACAGUAUAUUCUCUCAGGUUGUCAUUUUUAUAAACUGUUAUAGGAUAUAUGACUUGGAAGACACGGCCUUGGAGAUGUCAGAGGUUGAUGAGACCAGCUGGAGAGUGUUAUAUUGACAUUGUCAUUUCUGUUGGCGAGGAUCACUAUGGCUAAAUCCGUAUUGAAAGAACAUACAACGCUCAUUCUAAAAUUGAAUAGAAAAAUGAACACAUAUGGCUGGAACAUAUAACACAAAUAUUAUUCUGGUUUGUUUUUUAAUAUAACUAAAAUUACUUUUUAAAAAUCCUGCAUUUUAAAUCCACACUGACAAUACAGAGUAAUUUUUAAAAAUAAUUUCGUUAUAAAAGAAUUAUAUCAGUACAAUGAAAUGUACUUUAUAAUCUUUAAUGGAGGUGUGUUUUUGCUGUUUAUGCUGCGCUGCUACACCAGUGUGGUCCGAAACCAUGACUGAGAGGUAGCAGACAGCUUUACAGUGCUCCAUGUUUGAGUCUAACCUGUAGUAACUUUUCAAGGACGUUGUAUCAGUGAUGUCCUGGGUCAUUUCUGAAGCCGAGUUUUGAAGCCUGGUGGUGAUGCUGACUAAACCAAACUUUCAGUCAACUUGCUGGAUUGGGCCUUUAGCCUGCUCCCUGAUCGCUACAUUGUGCCUGCCUGUCAGUCAAGUCAGCCGUGCCUCUGGUUCAGUAAGCUUGCAAUCCUAAUAACUUAAUAACACAGUCGGUGCUGUGGGAACAUUAAGCUAUUCAGAUCAAACCUGUUUUUUGAACCAGGCUGUACAUUUAUUUUUGCUCCAAAAACCAUCUCUUUUGGCUCCGAGUGCGUGUGUUUUCCUGUUCUUCUACACACAGCCUGAAGCAGGAAUUGGGGGAGCGGCAGUUUCUCUCACUUCCACUUGAGCUUUAUUUUUCAAGACCAGAGGUUGCUGCCAUGUCCAAACAGUCAAAUUACCCACAGGGAGUCUCUCUCUUCAAAACAAUCAGACCUUAGCUGUGUGUCACCAAUAAAGGCUGAACUGAGGAAGCUGUCUGAGGUUGGUUAAGUGUCAAAGAUGGAUUUAUUCAAAGCUUGUAGGACAAAGUGAAAGGGGUAGUUGGUGGAGGUCCAAAGCUGGGGGGUGUGGAAGUGCUCCGUGGGGAAGUGGCUGGCACCACUGGAGGUCUUGAAUAAAAGGAGCCAGUUAUGAGUCACUGUGGCAAACAGGAAAACAGCUCAAAUGUUUAAGGGCAGGCCAAAGGCAAAACUGGAGCUAGACUUUAUGGCACAACAAACCGUGUUUGGCACAGCGAUCCAACUGGGACUUACUGUUGGAUGAAGGGUUGUUUGAGGGAGUGAGUGAUCUACUUGAUGGCUGCAGAUUCAGGUCAGGUGAGCAGAGACUGAAGGUGACAGCGAGUGAAUAAAAACAAAACCCACAAAGCACUUCUUGUUCUCAAAACUCUACAAAUAAAUAAAAACACACUCACACACAACCAUGCAAUUUAACAUUUCCUGUCAAAAAUCGCAAAAACUCUUGAAAAGACAGAUGAGGGGCUGCUAGCUGAGCUGCCAUGAAAUUUAUUAAUUCAUCUGCAAUUUUUUUAAAUGUUUCCAGGCUAAUGUGAGCUAACCUUGGCUGGCUUUUGUAGUUUUCACAGAAAAGAUCCACUCUUUUUUUUCUGGUGUGAAUGCUGCUGUUUGUUGCAGUGUGUCAGGCAGUUUAAAGCAAUCGAAACUGAUUAACAAUGUCCAAGGUUUGUCAUUGUUGAGCUUUGGAUGUAUCAUAAUCACGCAUUGAGAUCAUAAGAAGUAACCAGCCACAGGGCAUCAUUAAGUAAAAGAAUAUAACCGGCGUGUUGGGUGCACAAAUCAACAGCUCCUGGCUGAGACACCUCAUGCAUCUCAAGCAGCGUUCAAGUACGUGACGAGUUUCCAAACAGACACUGGUUGAUCACAAGUGAAAUUGGGUGCGUCUACUUUGAUGUCUGAGCUUCCAAAGGGAGCGUGGGAAUAUUCUCCACAGGCAGCGGGUGCAGAUUUUCCACAGGGAAUAUCACACGCUCGCUUAAUUGAACCUUUCUAUUUAUGAUCGCGGCCUCACCUCUCUGGAUUCACCGAGCAGCGGUGAACAAGCUCUGUUUCCUCAGGGGGGAUAACAGAAAAGAGGAGGGAUUCAUUACACAAUGCAGCAUCAGGAAAUACUCAGCUCCUCUGCGCCUAUUGUAUUAUUCAGUGAUGAAAAACCUGAGGGGUUUAUGAGGGCAUUACACUAAGAUUACAGAGAAAACUCUGUGCCCACCAUGGGGGCGGGAAGGAAGAUUAAAAAAACUUUAAUGCAGAUUUGCAGAUUGCCAGAUCUCACACAGCUGUGUCCAACCAAGAAGCAAAUAAUAGAGAAGAGAAACAGAGAUGAAACCCAUGUCAUAUGUAGGUCAGUGAGCACCUGCACGGUCUAAAAGCUAAUAAUCGACAUCACACAGUUGGUACACACUGAUGCUGCCAUGUGCCGGGCAGAAGCUGUGCCCCAUUUUCACACAAAAAACACAUAAUAUUAUUAGAUGUUAGAGGGCUGAAUAAAGAGAGGAGAGUGAGAGGGGGAUGUGUCAGUCGGAGAGGAAGAGAGAUGGAAAACUCCUCUCUUUUAACACACAGUCAGCACUUCACCUCGCUGGAUUGACCAGCUGUUUUAUGCUGUAAUGCAGCAUUUUAUAAAAAGAUACACAGGAAGAAGCAUCCACUCAAAUAUUCAAGAGGGGAGUCAUCUGAAUCCAGCACUCAAGAAUGUUCCCUUCACUUUUAUUUUGUUUUACCACCACAAGGUGAGUGAGAAAAUGUUCAUCUGCCUCACAUGUAAAGCGACACUCUAUCAUGUUUUUAAGUUUAAAGGAGUCCCAUCAUACUCAUUUUCCCCUUUCAUAAUGUCAGUCUGGGAUCAACUGUAGCUUGGCAUCAUUUGCAGCUUAGAAACAUAUUUAUAUUUAACUAGCAUCCAUGAAAAUCCUCAUCACAGUCCUCUUCUGACCCUGCCUGAAACGCUUCUUUUUGGCUGCUUUCAUACAAGUAAGACAAAGUGUGUGCGUGUUACUUCUUACACAGCCUCCUAGUCAUACGAAACAUUAGGGAUGGGAGAAAAGAUAGAUACAGCAUAGUAUCCCAGUAUUUUGUCUGGUGAUAUAUUUUAUCGUCUCAUUAACCAAGUAUCGAUUUUUCAAAUUAAAUGUUAAUGUGAAGUCAAAUCUUUGAUAAUGGAAAAAUAAAAUCAACAGUUUGUCCAGUGAGGUUGGCAGAGGUGACAUCAUAAAGCAGGAGAAAGUCAGUACAACAAAUAUAGCAGCACCUGGGGAAAGACAUUAGAAAUGCAAGCAGGGCACAAAUGAGAUGGACCUGACACAUAAUAUUUGCAAGAAGUGGUACAUGAAAAUAAAAUACUGUGUAAGUAAGACAAACAUAAAGAAAAGACAAAUGCUACAUUAGCCAAACAGUUGAAAAAAAUGUAUGGAUCGCAAUAUAUUGUCUAGCAAUACUUACUGUUUUGCAAAAUGUUAAAAAUCGCAAUAAUAUCAUUUCCUGGCCCAAGUGUUGUGAGAAUAUCCUAUCGUGGGGCCACUUGUGAUCAAAGACUGUAUCAAGAAUGGACAGAGUCUGCCUCCUUGCUGGGUGAAGCCACUCCGAGAACAGCACCCUCUGUUGACGGGCUGCAGUAUAGGUCAUAAAUUCCGCCUCUGCCAGCAAAGCUUAUGGAGCUGUGGACGAACUUUAGAAAUUUAUUACACAGAACGUAAAAUUUUUCUCCCCCCUGCUUGUGAUGUUGACAUGUAGUUAUUGUAAGACUGGUUUGUGCUCAAGUCCUCUUUUUCUGUGAAGCUCAGUUUUUAAAAGUUAUUAGGGGGUUCAUGUUUGCUAUGAUUGACACCUGAUACAGCCUAUGGGCGUUCAGGGAUUGCGUAGCUCUCCCGGGGGAUACACUGUUUGAGCCGAGCGUCAUCACAGCGACUCUCUGCGACUGCGCGGCCGAAUGCGCGCAUUGCUACUGCGCAGCGCUGGUUUCAGGAUAUAUAGAAAAAUCCCGGAAAUACCAAGAGCUAUUUGGCUUCAAAUCCGUAUACAGGCGGUAGGCGGAACCAAGUUGUCCAUACAGUCUGCUUGCGAUUCUCACCCUGAAUCCAUAUUAGGUCCCUGUUGUCCCUUUGGCUUCUGUUAUAAUAUUUUUUUAACAGUGUGUGUUUCUGAGCUUUCAUGGAGGUCAUUGCAGAUGAUUGUUUUCUUCAGAGGUUUCAGUAACAGCUGAGACUCAAACCCAGCUCGUACUGGCCUUUUGUUAACAAAGAAGUCACCUGGUUGAUGGGAAAGUUUAAACAGUGGGCUUGAUAAAGACUUGGGGCUCUAUUUUCGUUCGCGCCGGUGAGGCGGCGGAGGGCGGCUAGCCCCGCGCAGUUGUAUUUUCGUCUGGCGGAGCCCGGUGUAAGGCGAGUUUGGUAUUUUCGUGGACUGAGUCGCACGGAGGCGAGCCGAGAUCCGCCAAGCUGGGCGUGGUGGCGUGGCAGGGGGAGGUGUAGACAGAAUCAGCUGGCGCAGUGACAUUUUCGUGCUCGCCACCGGCGUGUAACGUGCGCUGAAAGCUCGCCGAUUCAAAACUGGUCAGCUUUCAGCGCAAGGCGGAACGCAGCUGGUCUAGUAGUAUUUUGGUAGACCGGCGGCGUAUCGACAUACAUCACCGAUGCCUCACCGGCAGGUUUCCACAGUGUCAGGCAGAUUUCAGUGCAAUAAGUAAUCAACAACAACUAAUAAUCUGAGUCAGCACAUACAUUUAGAUCUAUAUCGAUAUAUUCUGAUCUAUAUCUGAUCUGAUGAGCGCGUUUGGCACGCGUUUGGCACGCGUUUGGGCACACAACCUGACCGAAUCAAUACAGCUGAAACUGCAUCAAAUUAAAUUAAAUAUCUAGUAAAUAAACACACAUGAUAAAGUUAACAAGAUAUGUAAUGUGUCUCCCUCCUUUUCUUUCUUCCUCUUAUUUCUCGCACAGCUCGACCUGGACACGUCUCUGUGUCCUCUGUCCGUCUUGCUGCAGCUGCUGCGGCUGAACAGAUGAUUUGUUUCAGUGCUCAGAUGCGUUAUCUACUUUAAGCCGACAUACAGAUAUUAUAAUAUUCAGUUUUGUGGGCCAAAUUUAUUUUAUAUGCCAACAUCUAUGAAAGAAAGAGCCAGGCCACGGAGCGCGAUGCGUCAUUUACGCACAGAUGGUUCCGAUUUUAAUGCCAUUUUUGGAGUUUAUGUUGUGAUCUGUGCGCUAAACCCACCUUUGUCACGUGAGGUUUGAAUAUAUGCAACUUUAUGUGAGUGUCUUUUUUGUGGAAAAGGGUGUUUGUCUUACCAGUGGGUCCAACAUUACACACACCAAAUCCAUCUGUGCUCAGAUGAGAGAGUGUGGAGGACACUUGUUGAGCAGCUGCCCUCUGUCGCCAUCGUGUGGCAUAACUGUCUUCAGACAUCUCUUGAUCUCUUUGACUACUUCAUGAAAAUAGUAAUACGCCUCGCCGGUGGCGGAUUUAAAGGCAAGGAGAGGAGCUUAUGUGAUUGGUGAAAACAGGUCUCGGCUGUGUUAAACCCACUAUACGCCCUUUCUCCUCCCCGUCUACGACUUAUGCUGCCGGGAGGAGCUGAGUUAGGGAGGGGGGAUACUUACGCCGGGCUGCGCGGCUCACCAAAAUACCAAAAUGUGCUUGGGAACGCCUUGUCAGCGCGGCGGAUCUGAUUGACGCUGCGCUUGCGGCACCUCUCGGGCGAGGCACCAAAAUAGAGCCCUUUGACUGUAGCUCAGUGAUAGUGUAAUAGUGUCAAUAGUUAAAACAAAAAACAUACUUGUGAUUGUUUUGAAUCAAGGAGUUUUAAGAGCGCCCUAAAAGGUGUAUCUAAAUUAAUUCUAACACUGUUGUCUGUAGCUGUAUGAUCAGGACCCGAUGAGGGAGAAAAACUGUUGCGAAGUGGCCCUGCUGCCAGCCUGCUCUGUGUUGCUCUAUAUCCAGCAUGCUUUGCCUCUUGGAGUGCCAUCUGUUGCAACACAAUCAGACUGCCAGAUGUGCAGCUUUAUUUACGACAUCAGUAGGAAUCAGAGGUAGCACUUAUUAAAGAAGUGAACUGAGUGAAAAACACAGAAGGAUGAAAAUCCAGUUUUAUGUCUGACUUUAAGCUCCACUUGAGUUUUCUUUCUGAUGUUAUAGUCUUUGUCAUCUUAAAUGCUGCAUUUUCACUGCCUGUCCUGCAAACUUUGAAUCAGUGUGAAACUCUGCUCUUAAAAACUGACCUUUUCAAAAACUCUCUCUUCAUCUUUGAGACAGUGCCUCUCAGACACUGUUUAAAAACACAUCUUUUUUUGUAACACAGAACAUAAGUAUAUCUGUUGGAUGAUUUCACAAAGCAUCAUAUAAGCUAAGAGUUUUAAUGCUUGCAUUAAAUGCAUCUUUCUGAAAUGAGGGAUCUCUUCUCCUCUGAUGCACAGUGGUGUUGGUCCAGUUGACCUUUCUGUUUUCUACCUGCUGAUCUGUCUCUGUGGGCGGGAGGGUUUUGAGUUUUUCCUGGACAGCUGUUUCAUGGCAGACCUCUCAAGCUUUUUAUCUCCACGUCAAGCUCACUUAGGCACCUAAUCUGCUCUAAUACUUUGUGAAUUAAGGAGGAGCAGAGGGGGCCAGGGGUGCACUCUAUUAGCUCUUUAUGACCACAGUUUAAACUGCUUUUAAUGAAAAGCCCCGUUGCUAACUUAAUCACCUGGAAUAAUUUAUUGUCCAUUCUGGAUUCUGUUUCAGCACCACAUAUUCUGUUAUUUUGAACUCCUGGCAUACUUGGCCUAGUUAGAUUUGGUGUUUGGUUACACAGUAGCUGCAGUAUUUGAAACUUAAACCCAGAAGUGAGCGCUUGCAUGUCUCACCUACACAGCUUUUGUCAAAAUCUGUAAAAAUAGAGAUUUCUUCUGAAGAGCAGCUUCACUCAGUCAUAUUUCUAACUCUCUGUGUAAAGACAGGAUUAACUUUAAGGCUUUACUUUUGUACAACAGUGUCGUCAGUACAAGGAGCUUUUAGAAACACUCAGUCAAAAAGCAUUUCUUUUCACACACUUUCUAAUUCUGACACAGCUGUGUGUCUGUGUUUUUGCAUGUAGCGCUGCAAAGAGGUUAAAAGGCAACAGGCUUUGACUGGAUUCGAGGUGGUGUGAUUAUCAGGUUUCACAGAUCCUCAUCUUUCCUCCUUUGCUGUUCUUUGUAGAAGUUUUCAGAAAACACUACUUUUACAGGUUGGCAAAGACUUAACUGUUGGAAGGGGAAACUUAUUUCACUUGGGACUUAAGUUUGUUGCUGUUGCAAAGUGCAAAACAAAAUAUAUUUUGAGUGCACAGACAGCUGUAAUAUUUAUUUAAAUUUCCAAUGAGAACAAAUGAAGUUUCAUUGUUGUUAGGGUCUGCUUCUCUUUUGUUUUUUAAUCUAGAAAGUUGGGAUGCUGUGUAAAAACUUAGUCAGUAAAAUCAGAAUUUAAAGGUUUGCAAAUCAUUUAUUAUUUUUAUUAUUAUUAUUAUUAUUAUUAUUGUUAUUGAUAAUAAUAAUAAUAAUAAUAAUAAUAAGAAGAAGAAUGUAUUUUAUUUAUAAGCCCCUUUCUAAAGACUCAAGGUCAUUUUACAAAGUAAGAACAGCAGCACAGAACGACAAGAUAAGAGCAAUAGAGUUAAAAAAAAUAUAUAUAAAAUAACAUAAAAAUAUGACACAGUAAAUUACAAGGACUGGGCUAAUCUGAACAGGUGUGUUUUGAGUCUGGAUCUGAAAAGAGGAAGAGAGUCAAUUUUCCGGAUGUCAGGUGGGAGUGAGGUCGAGAGUUGGGGAGCAGAGCGGCUUUAUACCCUGUAUUGAUUUGUGUCUUCUAUGGUGUUUUUGUUCUGAUUUGACACAUUUUUUUCAGUGAAUGACAACCCUGCAUAUUACCCCAAAUCCUCUAAGCUACCCAUGCCAUAGACACAACAUCCUCAUACUACCAGGGAUGCUGGUGUUCUAACUGUGCAGUAAUAACAAGACUGGUGGUCCUCCUUCUCUUGAGGGUACAGGAUGCAGGGUCCAAGAUUUCCAAAAAGAAUGUCAGAUUCUGAAUUGUAAGACCACAGGACAGUUUCACAAUAUUAUUCUCUGCACUAUUUGCUCAUGCAGUCUCUCACAUAGUGGUGAUCCUCUUCCCAUCCUUCCCUCUGAGAGACUCACUUCUUUGUAAUGCCCUUUUAUACCCGGUCAUGUCACUAGCCUGUUACUCAUCAGUUGAAAGAUGCUUCUCCAGGUGUUUUUUAAGCAUUACACAACUUUUUUUAGAGUCUUAUUCUCCCUGUCCUAACAUAAAUUUGAAAUGUGCUUACAUUUUUGAUAGGACUGCAUGUUUUUUCAACAAGAAGAUCUACAAUGUUGGUGUAGUGGUAUUAUCACUAUUAUUAUAACGGUAUGAAAUGAUUUGCAGACCACAUUAUUCUGUUUUAGUCACAUUUUACACAGCCCCCCAGCUUUUAGGAAUUGUGGCUUGUUUUACUCUUCAGCUUUCUGUCGCUACAAUAAUGCUGAUCUCUGUGGGGGAAACAUAAUAAAACAGAGAGGUUAGAGCAGGGCAACAUGGUGGUGGACUUACAGAUUUUAUUCCUUUACUCUUAAAAAGGGACGAGGUGUUUGGAUUAGGGGUGCACCGAUCCACAUUUUUUCACAUCCUAUCUGAUCUCGAUUCCUGAAUUUGGAUAUCUGCCGAUACCGAUACCCUUCCGAUACCAGAGCUCUCUUAGCUUUACCAUCAUUUUUAUCAUUAUUGUUUACUCAUUAUUAUCUUUCUUGUUGUCUGCUGGAAAUUAACCUUGCUUUUGGUAUGACUCCAGAAGUAAUUCUUGCUGCCUUGUUUCCUCUUUCUGUCCCCUGGUCAAAAAAAUCCUUGUGCUCUUUCAUGUGGAGCAUUUUGAAAUGUUUGAUUACAUUAGUGGUAUUGUAUGUCGCGCGACAGAGGUCCCGCCUCUCGGAAUAACAGCUUUGCAAACGUUGUACAUUGCAGUAUUACUUUGCAGCGUUUCGACUGUAAAAUAUUUCGACACAGCAGACAUGUUAUGUGGAAAAGCUCGCUAGCCCUAGUACUGCUCAAUGCUAGCCUGAUAGCUGCUUGGCUACAAACUGCGGAUUGGAUUUCCUGAACGGCAAGUUUCAUCUCUGUGUCUCAUUGAGACACGCCUCCGUUUAGGAAAUCCAUUCCGCAGUUUCCAGCCAGCUAGCAGACUGGCAAGAAUCACUUGUACAGUCAUUUUAGCAGACAAAGUUAAAGCAAAGACAUGACAUGGAUCAGAAAUUUUUGAAGGUUGGAUUGAAAAUUUCUGAUCCAGGAAUUACAUUGGUAUCUGAGCCCGAUACUGAUACUGGAUCCGACUGACUAGGGAUCGGCCCCAUCCCUAGUUUUGAUAUAUUUAUAUAUUUAGCACUGAUCUCUGUCAGUAGAACAAUCCAGGAGAAAAAUUAUGUAAUUGAUCACACUGGGCACAUAAACAUCCCAGUGAAAGGAUUUCACAGCCUCUUGUAUGUGACACAGCUGAAGAAUACCUAUAAAGUCCAUGGUGACGAGCUCCAGACUAAGAAACCUUGGAGAAUAAUACGUUUUUUGUUGUGACCUACUUUUGACCCGGUUUGUUCAGCAGUAGCUAAAAACAAGCUGUUGUCUUGUCGUGGUCUCCUCAGAGAGUGGGGGCUAAUCAGCUUACCCUGUCUGCUGAACAGGUGACCCCACACAGCGCUCUGUUUAGUGGACAGUUGGUGGAGGUCAGAUUAUCUCUGUGAGAGAGGGUUUUCAAAGAGAGGCCUCUGACCAUUUUCACCACCAAUUAGUGUCAGACCACACCUACACACUGUACACACCAUGUGGUGUCUCUGGGAGCUCCAUCUCUGAGCUCUUUAAGGGGUCAUGUUUUUUAAUUGUUAUGCACUUCAAAGAAAAACAGUUUUAAAAGAGAUCCUGGGUAGAAAUAACCCGAACUCUGAGUCUUAUUCUAAUCAAGAAUCUCUUUGCGGUUUUGCUGACAUCUUUUGGUCUUUGUGUGGUUAAUUGUUUUUCUUUGAAGCCUUUCUUCAUCCUCUUUUGAAGAGUUAUUUUUUUGUCUCAUUUUGUCUCUGUCGCAUGUUUCUUCCUUGCAGUUCAGAGAUUGUUUGUUGGGGCUUUUUCAUGCCUUUGUUGAGAGAUAGAACGGUGAAUAGAGUCAGAUAGAGGGGGGCAAGAGUGGGGGAUCAGGGUUGGAGUCUAACCCAGAGCUUCUGCUCCAGGGCUGGGGCCUCUGCACGAAGCACGUGAUUUAAGCGCUGAGCAGAACUGGCGCCUCUUUGCCAGACCCAGUGUCCACCCAGAAGCCUAAGGACAGAACCCUUGUGGACUUCCUUAAUGUAAUGUGUGCAGAGUGUGAGUCUGUGAGGACAUGAAAUGGUAAAGAUUAAGAAAUGGUGACUGUCAUGAAAAUACCUGGUGUUAAGAAGCAUUUUCUUCUGUAUUUUUGUGAUUAUAUUAAUAUCUUAGUAAUCAUGGUCCAUUUAUUUUGUCUCUGGUUGUAUUCCUCUCUUUGUAGUUAUUCUUUGGUCUUUUUGUAGUCUUCUUCUGGAAAUUUUGUCUCUUAGUGGACGUUCUCUUUCUCUCUCUGAUUCUUUUUGACUUAAAGCAGAUUUUAGUCACUUCUCUAUUUUGAUUUUAUGUCUUUGGUCAUUUUUUCUUCAUCAUCUUGUUUGCAGUUGUAUUUCUCUCAUUUUAGUAUUUUUAUUUUCCUUUGUCUCAUGUUUGUGGACUCUGUUGUUCUGUAUUUGGAUAUGUGUGUUUUUUCUAUAGCUGUUUUCCCCUUUAUUCUGGUGUUUUCUAUUUGUGGUCGCUGUUUGGAAGUUUUGCUCUGUAGUGAUACAGUAAACUCAAUGGGGUUAAGAUUUCCUCUUUAGAUGUCUUCCAUACUUUUUCUUUCCUUUAUUUGGUUAUAGAUGAGUGAUCUGUCUAACAGAGCUGGUGGACAGUGUCUUUGGGAUGAGGAAUCAUUUAUCACUUAAUCUCAAAGAAAACUAUAAGUUAAAAUAAGUUUUCAUUCUAUGAGUGUUUCUGUUUGUUCUAAAAAUUCUUCAACAUGCUCAAAAUAGAUGAUUAAAUAACAUGUUUUAAAAAGUCUAAAUUUUUAUUAUCAUGGGUUUCAAAUUGUUGAUGGAAGAUGAAUUAGACAUGUCUUUAUCAAGUCUACAAUUUCAUGUGAACAAGUCACUGUACAAAAAGGUGUAGGUUGAAGCUAUUUAGCUUAUAUGUACCUUAUAUGUGUUUCUGAUGUUGCCAAAAAAUUACCAAAGCUACGAAGUCUAGCAUGAAUAUAUGAUUAAUCAUUAAUACUAAAACAAAGACCUUAUACAUAUAUACAGCCAUACCUAUAUACACAUAUAUACACACAAAUAUACACUUUACAUACAGUAUAUAUACUUUGAAUACUUCAAAUCUCUCAUGUAUACCAUACCCAUUUACAAUAAAAUUAGUGUGGCAAAACAAAAAUCACUUUCAGUCAUACUCUGCUUUAAUUUACUUUUAAACUGUGCUAUUGUUUUGCUUUGUUUAAGAUCAUCAGGCAAACUGUUCCACAGCUUCACCCCCACAACAGAAAAACACAUGCUUUUAAGUGUGGUACAAACGCCUGGCUGAAAUUGCGUUCCCCUCUUGAUACAUACCGUCCCUCUCUUCCAGUAAAUAUUUUUGUAUAUUACUAGUGAGUAGAUUGUUACUAGCUUUAUACAUUGUCUGUGCAGUUCUAAAUUUAACCAGAUUAGCAAAUAUGAUUCAAAUCAAGUAUUCACAUUAGGACUUCACCUAUGCAUUCACAAACCAGAGUGAAAAGGAAAAGGAGAAGUAAAAGAGGACAUGCAGUAUCUGGAAAAUUUGCCUUUAAGAUAAAAGUACAGAAAGGAAUGGGUUGACUUGCAAGAUUAACAUUAAAGUUUUCAAGUUUGAUAUAUUCAGACCAGCUUUUUUGAAGUGUCUUGGGAUAUAUUUUUUUAAUUGGUGCUAAAUGAAUAAGGAUUUAUUGAUUGAUUGAUACAUAUUUAAUUUAUUUAACAAAUACUGUGUCCAGGUCCAUUUGUUCUGCUUUGCAUUAAUGCUGCUGUCAGGAAAUCUUCAAACGUCUUCCCAGUCUAAAACUUGAUUUUACAAAGUGUACAGCAACCUUGAAAUUAGGCCUGGGCGAUUUGGCCAAAAAGAUGAUCACGAUAUACUUUGUCAUAUUAUCUGAUCUCGAUUAUUAUCCAGAUUUUUUUUUUAAAACCGCCAGUUUUAAAGCAGCUGUUCUUAAAACUAAAAAAGAAGUAGAUAAAUACUAAAGAAGACGUCAAAUAACUUUUCUUCUCAACAAUAACAUCUUUGGAGGAAGACUCAAAGUCAUGGCUGACAUCUAUUUUACUACCCUCAGCUCCACGUUUGGUUACUCUGUUUACUUGUGCAGCAACUUACAGAAGUGAGCAGGAAAAGCUUGACUCUGAUUGGCUAUUGUGAUGCACAUUUUCGCCAUGUUUGAUCAAGUCAAUAAGCUCACAGCUGAUCACCGCGAUUGAACUGAAAUUUAUCACGAUCAUAUAAUCGCUCAGUCCUACCUGAAAUCCUGCUUCAGGUCAGCUUGUUGCUAUGAUUGAUUUUUAAAUAACAGAUUGAUAAGAUGUUCCAUCUUUUCAGAGGUCUGCUGUUACAUUUCUUGCAGAUCUGUUUUUUUAAAAAGAAAACACUAGAGGAGCUCUUGGUCAUAAAAGUCUGGGUCAGGUGUUAUCAGCACAAGUGUUCACACAAAUACAGAUUUAAAAGCAUCCAGAAGAUUUUCAGUGACAGUCUGCUUGAGUCUGUUUCCAGGAUCCAGAGCAUCAUUUUCAGUCUGUGGAAAUGUUUAUGAUCCAGUUCCUCAGUUAGCACUCAUGUGGAAGCGACUUUGUGUGGAUGGUUUUGUGAACCAAAGGAUGUCAGAGUGACUCAGCAGUGCCCCCUCCCAAGGCCCCGGCCCUGCCGCCACAUACCAACACAGAUCUUUCCAGGGUGCUUUUGCCCCAUUAGUCCCACAUGGGCAGCAGCAUGAGACACAGGGACAGAGGGGAAGAAGGAGAGGAGGGGGCUCGUCAGGCGGUUGAACUACUGGCAUGGUGAGCCUGCCCUGAAAAGGACACAUGCCUCCAUGCGCAAUUAUCCACUGUGCAUAGAAACGGCACCCCCACCCUGGGCGCAGACACACACAAUGGUUUCAUCAACACAACUAAAAAUGGAAGACAGGCAGAAAGAGAACAUGGCCACAGAGCAGCAGGGUGUAAAAAUCAUUCAGAUUAAUGCUGAUUGUGGGAUUUAAGAUGAGUGAAUGUGUUACAAACGUCCCAGAGGAGAAUGUUAAAAUGAGCGCAGAACAUCAGCUGGUGUUGUGCAUGCAGCAUGAGAUCUGCCGCAUAUCAUGAGGGUUCAUGCUCCACAGUAACUCAUGUUGCUCUCCUGUUUUUCAGGCUACAUCAGCGUGUUAGCAGUGGUCCUGAAAACAAGUAACGACUCGCCGUGGACUGAUGAGUUUGACAGUAAGAAACAAUAAUCAUUUAAACUCAGUAGAAAAGUCAUGAGCAGUUUCCAAACCAGCCUCUUCAUGCUUGUUUUUCCCUUCUCCAGGAGUUGAGUUAUCGUGUUUGAUUGAGUCCAUCUCCACAACCAAUCCCAGGAUUGAAUGGAAGAAAAUAUCAAGUGACGGACCCAGUUAUGUGUACUACGACAAGAAGAUUUCAGGUAAAUAAAGAAAGAAAAAAAACUUUUUUACUCUCCUAAAGUUAAAUUUACGGACCAGCAUGAACCUGAACAUGUUUGUCUCCUCACAGGAGCUCUGGAGAACAGAGCAGUGAUCAGAGAACCGGCCACAUUACUGAUCACUAAUGCCACCAGGUCGGACACCGCCAAAUAUCGCUGUGAGGUCACGGCCGCACAAGACCUGAAGUCGUUUGAUGAGAUUGUCAUCGACCUUGUUGUGAGAGGUAAUCCAAUUCACCUUAAUCAGUAAUUAAUCUAUGAUGGGAUUAGGAUCAUGAUGGCUGCAGCGUCACAGAUAUGAGACUGCUAAACAUCCUCAGCACACAAUCACCAUAUCUGUGUGUGUACAAAUGAGAAACUUAACAUUCUUAUUAUUUUUCAUUCAGUUUGGAGAGAUCUUAAAGACCAUCACAAUUAGAGUAGCUAGUCAAGACAGAGGGGGUAAAUGCCAGUUAUCUGUGUGCUGUGUGACAGAGUUGAACAGUGAAAACAGUGAGAUGCUGCUGCUUUGCUCUGCAAGUUUGAUCAACAAAUGCUGCAGUUAUUCUAUUGAUAUAAAAGAAUAUGAGGAAACUCAACUGCACUUCAACAUCUGUCCUAGAAAGACGGUAAAAGUUGACUCCUGUACUGGCAGGAGGAGAAUUAAUGGUUACCCUGAGCAAAAUAUGUUAUAAUGCUACAAUGUCAUUUAGCAGACGCUUUUAUCCAAAGCGACGUACAUUUGAGAACAAGAACAACACAAGCAAAGGACACAAGAUCAGUAAAAGCCACAAAUUCAUUCACGUCCAUUUGGACACAGGUACUGCCAAGCAGUUUGAAAGGCAAUGCACAAAGUUAUGAACAUCGACAAUGAAGCAACCAAUAAUUCACCUCUCAUCAUCACCAUCAGUUAACCAUUUAGGGGCAACAGAAGAGAAAAGUCGGACUAGUCAUUUAGGGGCCUGAUUUGCUGGGAGCACCACCAAGAUGAGGGGUUCCGGAUAAACAGGAGCAGUUUUGGUUACUGCUUUGUAAGCAGUGAUUAGAGUUUAGUAUCUGAUGUAAGGUGUGACUGGAAGCCAGUGAAAGGGAGGUGAACACUGACAUAAGUUGGCUGCCUGUGCUGGCUUUGUACAUAAAUGUGUGUGAAAAAAAACUCAAGAGCAAUGAUAAAAAUGAGGAAGUUUGUCUGUGAUGCUCAGGGUAUUUACAGUCUGACAUGAACACACAUGGAAGCCUGAGACACUCUAGGAUUUAUAACAGUUACUCUUAGUGUGUAUUUAUGAAUGACAGGGUUCACACACACACGCACGCACGCACACACACACACACACACACACACACACACACACACACACGCACACACACAGAAGUAGUAACCGUCUCUCUUCCUUCUGUAUUUCCAUACAACUCCUGAUUUUUAUAGUGCAGUUUUUUUUCCCAAUCAGUUAAUCGUACUUACACCACUGUUUCCACUCUCUGUACAACUGCUUCUUCAUUGACUAUACAGUAGGAUGUAGUACACCAGCUGCUUUUUCUACCACUUUCCAGUGUCUUUGUCCACUACCACUCUUGACUAUGAACCAUUUUGAGCACAAUAUCAGUAUUUCUUUUUUAAGAGAAAGUAACAGUGAAAUACUGUUGAAUUAGCUGACAUCAAAUUUAAAAUGAGGAUAUAUUUUUCAGUUUCAACAUUUGUUGUCUUUGCACCAUUUACAAUAACAUUUAGGUUUGAAAUGCUAUGCAAACCACCCAGUUCUGCUGUAACUAAUGUUUUGCCUGACGUUUGGGAUAAGGGUUGGAGGGUGCAAUCAAUAUUGGUGCUGUAAAAAAAGCAUGGUGAUGAUAUUUAUCAGCACAUCACCCUUCAUUGUGCCCUUAAAGAGGGACCUUGCUGAGAGAUUCACACUCAUGAUGUUGUAAGAUGAAACCGUGUUGUAGGUCGCACCAACCCUUUGGCAUACAUACGAGGAUGUGUUAUGACCAGACCUGCCCAGCUGCAAAGGCGUGUUCUGGGCUAUAAGAGGAAACCUCUGAAACUGCAUCUCCUCUGGAUCGCAGGGCUAAAGAAAGCAAGCGCUGCGUGUUUUGGUGGCGUUUUUGGCACAGGACAGAAAUCGUGUGCCCGUUUCUAACCGUCAAAUGAACUGGGUGACAUUGUUUUUUUUUCAAAGUUCGUCAAUGACCUCGUUAGCAUCAGCCAGAGAGGUUGAAACCUGUCUGAGAUAAAGAGAGGAGGUAGCUGAGGAUGUGUUUUUGUCUCCACAGUGAAGCCAGUGGUGCCAAAAUGCAGUGUCCCGAAGUCAGUGCCUUUUGGGAAGUCUGCAGAGCUGAGCUGUGUUGAGGAGGAAGGUUUCCCAAAGUCUCAGUACCAGUGGUUCAAGAACCGUGAGGAGAUCCCAGAUGACCCAAAAACCAGCGUCAAGUUCUUCAACUCCUCGUACACGCUCAACGCAGAAACAGGAACUCUGGUGAGUCUGUGCUCACUCACAUGUGUUGGGACAAGGACACGCAGGAUAGCAAGGGCGGGGCUGCAGGGGACGGUGGCCUGACGCCCAGGGGUGGGGGUGGAUAUUUUCGGGAGACAGUUGAUGGUGCGAGAGGACUCAAGCCACGGGGGGAAUCUGCUGUCCUCGUUUUCACAUUCCUCAAUUCCUUGCCUGCUUCCCAGCUCAGCUCGAUCUGCCUCCAGCGCUCACUUCUGCUAACCUUCAUGUCAGCCUCUGAGACGUGACGCUCUAAAGAUUACCGCAGCGUCUGUCUUGAUGUGAAAGAAGAAAAAAGUUUGAAGUUUAGGGUCACAGCUGCAAAGUAAUGAGCUUUUUCCACUCUGCUUAUCUGGUUUGGACGGUUAUAUUUAGAGUGUUUACAGAAACACUCAUCACUCCCUCUGCCACUCCCUGAGAGGAAAUGAUGCCCACCAACGACGCUCACAGAGGAAUUUGUGAUAUGUAUUAUUAUUAGUUUGAAUACGUUGAAAAAGUCUUUUAUAGUUUAAAAAGAAAAAGCUCUUCAAGUCCUGGAAACACAGUUUUAUAAUUGUACUGCUCCUCAUAUUGACAUAGUUUGUGUUUUAAGACAAGAAAUUCAGAUUUUACGGCAGUAUCUCAAUUUUAUCUCAUCAAUCAAUCAAUUAGACUUUAUUUGUACAGCACUUUCCACACAAUAGAACGCAGCACAAAAUGUUUUACAAAAACAAAUUAUUAAAAUAAUCGAAAUUCUUAUUCAUACCUAAGGUUAAAAAACAACAAAAUGAAACAAAAAAAAUGAAAAACAUCAAAGGAGCUUUUUAAAAGGCGUUUAAAUGACUGAAUCAAACUGGUCUAUGGCCCGGAUCUUAACCGUAACUUAAGAUCCCAAGCUUGCUACGUGAAUAACAGCCAGCUUUCACUUAAUUAUCAGGACGGAUUCAUAUUUCUGACAUAUUCUGACAACUUAUCUGUGAGUUUACAGUGACUACUUACAACCAUCCAUGCAUGCUGUACAAUUAGACUGUAACCACAGCAGAUUAGUAUUGAGCCAUAUCACAGGUCAUCUCUGCAGUCUGUUACUUUUUUCAGUCCAUUCACAGUAUUUGACAAGCUGAGGAAAUUGUUUUUUUUUUUUUAUUUAACCAGGUAAGAACCUUUUGAAAUCGAGAUCUCUUUUUACAAGGGUGACCUGGCCUAGAGGUUAGCAGGGCACAUCACAAUAAUAAUAAUAAUAAUAAUGAUACAAUUCAGAAUGAAGAAUCAAGUCAAGAGGUCUUUAAUAUUUGAUUGAUAAAAGACUGCCUAUAUUUAAGGAUAUCUGCCUCCACCCGUCCAGCCCAGGUCAUGUGGAUUGUCACUGAUGCUUGCUCAUGUUGUGUGGUUCAUGAAAGAUUCGUUCAAAAGAAUGGAACUGCUGAGUGUACGUCGUAAAUGGAAUCAUUACAAUAUCCGAAUGAUUCCUUUCUCAGUUCAGUUGAGCUCAGCCGUGAGCGUGGCAUGCCAGUCAGGAGUGGAACUGCUGCCUUUGACUCUUUGGCAAACGACACACAGCCAGCCAGUGAGUGAGCAGGCGAGCGGGAUCUCGUGAUCUGCUCACAGCAAAUGAACGACGUGUAUCAGUCAGUCUGGUUCACUGUGUACUUCUUUUUAAUCUCUCCACUUUUCCAUGAUAUAAAAGAACGACCACUCGCUCGUUUAGCGGGCGUGCUGCUUGCUGCUGUGCUGUUUCGUUUGCGUUUCGACGCGAACAUCGGCGGCACACAGAGAGGGGAGUUUUUCAGGGCAGGGGAGUGAUUCUUCCUUCAGGACUUUGGGAAUGAACGACAUGUGUCGUCCAGUGAACGACACUGUGUCUGAAGCAGCAGGAGAGGGGAGGGGCUUGUUCAAUUAACAAACUCCUGAUCAGUGCCGCUGUGUCACUCAUUCCUGUACUGUACCGGCAGGACAGGGCUCAAAAGAACUGUUCUUCCCAUCACUGAUGCCUGCUCUGUACUGUACCCUUGGGUCUUUGCUGCUGCUCCCUCUGCUUUAGUCUUUGGUACUGCAUGUGCACCCCAAGUGGACUGUGAGAAAAUAAUGAGUUUUCUUUUGACUGAAGAGGUGCUGACUGAUUCAUUGGGCUCCAUUUAGGUGGGUUUUUCAGUAACAGUGAAGAGAGCUGCGUGUUUAGAGCCACCCCUGACCAUGUUGCAACAAAAAGUAAUUCUAGUGACUGAAUUAAAACCAACAUCCCACCCACCCCCAGUGUGCUUUUCUGAAAACCCUUCCUAAAUGUUCAGUGUGUGAGCAGCUCUUCUGAAAAGGCUGACUGAGUGGAGGCAGGCCCUUUGUAGGUUUCAUGACUCCCUUCACACAAGCAUAUCUAAGAGCCUGAUUUUAGGCCAACUGUAACUCGUGCCUGUCAAACUGAAUGACAAGUACAACAUCAUCAUUGUGGUGUUAAAUGUAGUGCUGCUGCCUUAGGACUCCAUUAAGGUGGAAAUAUGAGCCUUUUUUUAUGUCAGACAUUUCUGAUAAAACAUGAUAGUGAUCACAGUGAUGUACAUGCAGACAGCAGCAGUUAUAAAUAGUUUAGUGUUGUUUUUAAAGUAAUGUAGCACCUCAGGCGUCUCCGGUAUGCUGUCCUAUAGACUGACUCAACCAUGACAGAGUGUAAAGUUAAGCUCUGUCCGCUCUGUCACUGAGUCCCCUGGUUCAUCUACUCACUCUUUUAUCUGAAACAGACAGAGGCAAGUCCAAUUCACUUUAAUUUUCAUAUUCAACCUCUCCCGACACGCUCGGGACAUUUUGUCUGUUAUCAAAAAGGAUGUAAAUGUGGCUUGAAUGUGACUCUUCUUCCCCUGAAAGUCACUGUCUGAGCUGAAACUUUCUGCCAGCCUUCAUACACCUAAAUAUUUCCCUUCUAGACUUUUUUUUUUUUUAUUCAUAAACUUCCUAAUUACUCUUGACUGAACAAACCUUCACAGACUGAGGGGUAGAUUUGAUUAUAGGAGCACAAAGAAACAAAAAGUUGGGCUGGAGUCUUUGGAGUCACUGGGCAGAAAAGGAAAGAUGCUUUUGUUCCUACAGGUCUAACAAUGAUGCAGAAGGUCUAAGGUGUGGAGUCUUUGCAUUAAUCAGGUCUGUAUUUAUGGUUUCUCCAAUGCAGAAGUUUGUAGCCGUCAGAAAAGAAGAUGCAGGCGAUUACUACUGCCGAGCAAAGAACGAUGCUGGAUAUGCUGAGUGUCCGGCCCAAAACAUGGAAGUCUGUAAGUGUUGCACAGAAAAAAAUAACUUUGUUUUUAAAAGGUUCUCUGACUUUGUGUGUGAUCCCUCCAUUUGUAUCUGAACCCGACAGAUGACAUCGAUGUGGUUGGGAUUAUACUGGGAGUGCUGGUGGUGGUGGUGGUGCUCCUGUGUAUAACAGCAGGGAUCUGCUGUGCGUACAAGAGAGGCUUCUUCUCCAGCCAAAAACAGACAGGAAACAAGUAGGAAAAAAGAGACAUUCAUGUGGUUAAUACAUUUAAGUCCUCCUUUAGACGACCAUCCAUUAAAGAUGCUGUUUCUCUCUGUCUUUUAGUUAUAAAGUUCCAGCUAAAGGAGAUGGAGUGGACUACGUCAGGACGGAGGAUGAGGUAUGGAGACUAAGUACUUUGACACAUGAAUUCGAGACUGUCUGCCAUGUUUAUGUGCUUUGUUUGGGAUAGUGUGAACCCUGGUGCUGACUAAACAACAGUCUGAAAAGGUGGCUCUUUGUUCACUUUUAUUCGGACUCUGUUGCAGUUUGUUUGUAGUGAGAACAUGAAUCAAACUCAAUCUGACCUGACUGUGGGAAGAACUUCACUUCUCUGGAUUCAAUCGGCUACUAUAGCGAGUCAGACGUGUGUUAAGACUUAUUAAGUAUCUUCAGGAUGCACUCUGACCAAACAAGUGUGCAAGGUUUUUUGUUUUUUUUCUGCACUCUUUGGGCAGCUGUUCAUAAAAACAUUUUAAAAGAUUAUGAACACCCAGGAUUCCCCACACACAGACUUUACCCCAGCAUCACUUCCAGAUAUUUUCACGGUCAGUUUAUCUGAUUAAUUUGGGAGAAAUCAAAACACACUCUGCACUGCUUAGCAACAGAAGAACUUGGCUAACCAGCCUGCAUUGCUAGCAUCAGGUAACUAAAAUGCCAUAUCCAACAUUUUAAAAAAGCUCACUUCUGCUAUUUAACUAGCCAAGGCAAUUUGAGAAUCCACUAUCUUAACUGUACUAGCUUGCAAAGAAUCACAUGAUAAGUGGGACCACAAACAACAGGCCUGAUGCAGCCUGAACUGCCCAGGAAAAGUAGGACGAUUUUGCAUUUGGAGGAGCUUGGUUUUGGCAGCCACUAUGAACAAAAACUGUAGUGUUUUAGUGCAUAUUGUCGUAAAGAAAAUUAUCUGGCUCGCAGAUUGUAUUUAAAAUGGUAAGUCUGGGUCCGCUUGCCGCAGAGUGUGAGACAGACGUGGAACAGCAGGACUACUGAGGUCAGUGAUACCGAGCUGCUCUGCCUGUCUAUCUCUAGUGUGAAGGAGCUUCUCACUCUGUGGCUGCAGUCUCCAGCUGCAAGACGUUGUCACCAUUUGUGUAGUGACUGUAAUAUGUGUGUUUUCGGUGCAAAAUAACGAGAAAAAACGCAAGUGUUGUCUAUGGUUUGAGUGCCGUAAAUCGUUUCAUUCUUGGUCCUGACCUGACCACUGGCUGCAGUUUUCCUCGUUUUCACUAUUUAGAAAUAGUUCAUCUUCACACAGAUGAGCUCAUUCGCUGUUGCAGGUGACAGGGAGACAUCAGCAGAAAUGAGAGAUUUCUUUCAAACCUAGUUAAAAGUUCACUACAGGAAGUUUAACAAAAGCCUGAACCUGUCUGUGGAAAAACUGGAUCUCUAAGCAGAGGCAGUUUUGAGAGAAGAUGACUUUGAAGCUGUUGUUGCUGAGCUAAUCAUUGAACCACUUCCAGACUCUUUGAUUCAGUUUGAACCACAGUCAUUAAACACCACCCUGAAAUUCUUAGAAGUUGCAGAGCGGGCAGAUGAUUUAAUAUCUGCUGACCCUGUUUGGUAAUGCUUUAGAAACAAAAAUAUGCUCACUCACUUCAUCUGAAAGGAAGAGGGGAGACUGAAUAUGCAAUAAAUGGAAGUAAAAGAUCAGUACACAGACUGAUAGGUGUAUUUAUGCAACAAAGGAAGUUGCUAUCAAAAAUGUACACUUAAAUCUGCAGUCAGGUAUAAAACUAAGUAUGCAGCAAAAUCUAUAGUCUGAUGACCUCUGUGCUUACCUGCCGUGUUGUCUUUGUAGGGGGAUUUCCGACACAAGUCGUCAUUUGUGAUCUAAGGAAGAGGAAAAGGAAGAGGAGCUGUGUGCUGAGUGAGAGACAUGACAUGUGGGACUAAACUCCACGCUGUCUGACACGGAGCCGCCACCGCUGCUCAAGCUCCGAGCGCUCAGCACGACAAAACACAACUACUCAAAGUUUGCCAAAGGUGACAACAAGGAUCCACAGGACAACAAAACGUCAAACUGUCACACAUGUAGGGACUGAGGUUCAUUUGUCAACUCUUAUCAACAACAAUGGAUUUCAUUUUGUCUAAAUUAUGGGGAUGUUUCUUUACAGUUAUUGCAUGGUUUUUAACAGGCGGAGCAGGGAAGCAUUCCUCUGUUCCUUCAGGUUGAAAAAGAGGAGUCAGUCUAUCGUUACACAUUUCUACUGUAAAACAAUAGCUUCAUACCCUCUGCCAUUUGUAUAACAUUUCUUUUCUACUGUUGAAAUUUGUCAGACUAUUUUUGAUGGAAUAUAUUUUAAAAUGCCUAUAGAUAAAGGUUUACUUUUUUAAAUAUUUGUAAAAUACUAACAUGUGUUUUUUUAUUUGGUUGAGGAUAAAAACAUGUAACACUUUAACCACUUUGCAUCAUGCUGUAAGCAUUUACACCUUUGCGUUCAAAAGAAAAACAAAAGUAAAAUGACAUGUUUUAGCAUAUCAAGAUGUGCUUCUUGAUGAGCGGUCUUACAUAUUUAAUUUCUGCUUUGCUGGGAAAAAGCCUGGCUCAUGUCGUGAGAGACUUCCAUGUUAAUUAUUGUAGAUAGUCUUUGGAGAGUGCCAGUCAAAUGCUGUGAAACACUGUACAUGAUCAGUGCUGCAUUUUCUUGAUUUUAAGUGUCCUUCUAUGCUUGCUGUUAAUCUUGUAUAUAUUGAAUUUACUCCAGGCUAGUUUUGCUGUCAUACAUACAUUCAGUAUUUCACAAAAAUAAUUAUGGAGAUGAUAAUGAUACUAAUAAUGUGGACAGGGUUUGUAGGUUAACCUUCCAGACCCAGCCAGAAAAAGAGUCAAAGUGGCGCAAGUUAAAUAAGAAAUCUUUCAAAGUCUGUAUUCCAAUCUUUAUAGAAAAUACACUAUUAAAGAAACCAAAUACAGCUGGUUUUGAAAAUUUGAAGUAAGUGAUAAAAAACAAUUUUAGCCAUAUUAAUUAAAGGCACCAACAACAUCAAUAAAAGAGACUCAAAUUUACAUUUGUCACUAUCUUUGACACAGAUUCUGGCUGAUUUUUGCUGAUUUUCUCCAAACUGCUUACAAAUAUAUUGGUAAUUAUUUUUAUGAGGGCUAGAGAAUUUUUCAAAAACAUAUAAUGUUGGUUCUUGAAAAGUUUUGUACAUUAACACUCAAAGCAGGUUUGUGUUAAUGAGGCUGACACAGAUUUUCAGGGAGGAGAUGUGUGCUGAGCUGCUCAGUCUAGUUCCAUUUUUAAGGUCCGUCAAAAAUUCUGAUACAUUUUUACAGAAGUCUCUGAUCCUCUAAAAUAAGGAUCUGCAUAGAAAAUCUGAGACAUUUGGAAAGAAGCAGUUAUAUCAGACAAAGUCAUGGUAGCUUUGGUCAGCCUUGCCAGGGUUUCAGGGGCUGUGAGCUGAGCAGUUUUACUUAAGAGUCCAUUUUUUUUCUGCACCUUGGCAGGACUUUAGGGGCUAAGAGCUGAGCUGCAUUUAUAGCAAUGUUCUAUUUUAGGGUUUUGGUGUAGUCCUGCUGUUGAUGAAAGUCUUGAAGAUUUUACAGAAGCCUCUUUGUCUCCAAAAUAAAAACAUGUAUGAAAUUUGGAUCAAGCAGUUCUAUCUGACUUAGACUUCGGGGGCUGUGAGCUGAACUGCUUUGAUAGGAUUUAGUUGUUUAUACAGAAGUCCUUUAGUCUCUGAAAGAAAAGGGACAAUAGGUAAUGAUGAUAAUGAAACAAAACCCAGAUUUGACAAUUUUACUUGAUUUAUUAGUAUUUUUAGCUGAGCCUUGGCAAGGCUUUAAGGGCUGAGGGCUGAGCUGCCACUUACACUUACAACUGUCUAAGCGCUCACUCCUUGACAUAGAGUUUAAUUGUGAUCCCCAGUCCCAGUAAUUUUAGUGUGCAUUCCUCAUUUGUGUAAUCAUGUGUCAAACAGGCAGCACCAACCCGACCUUUCCAACUCCAUUCCUGUAUUAAAUUGGGCAAAAAAAAGAAGUCAUGUUGCUCUGAUUAAAGUCUGUAUCAUUCUUAUUCCUCACAUCAAAGCUCUAGUGUUAUAGUGAUUCACAGCUGAGGUCUGGAGGGUUAACAGUGUUUCUGAUUGUAUAUAGAUAUGUUUGUUUUUCUUUCUCUCAAGAUGAUGUGAAGUGGUGAACAUUGAAAUUUUCCUAUUUGAGGCGACAUGAAACUCUUUCCAUUUUUAAGACUGAGAAAAGAAAACAUUUUACCAUAUCAUGUAUGGAACAAGACCAUGAGCUUCUUAACAACCAAAUGAACCUGAGCCGAUGGUUCAAAGGACAUCCAUUAAAAAAUGGCUCUUACACCAGAGUCAGAUUUGCCCCAAUAACAACAACCACUGAAAUUCAUUGUAGUUGCAUGGCGGUUAUUGGCCUUCAUUCUGUUCAGAGUGGAAAACUCAAAGGCUGCAAAUCCUAUUAAAAGAAUAAACUUCAGAGUUAUUCAGUGUUUGAAUAACUCACUGAUAUAAGCAAGGGAGAACAUAGUGAGCAUGUGGUUUUGAAAAUCAGAAUCUGAACUGGGUGAGCUGGGUGCUGAUGUGAGAUAGAGCGGUGUCACCCUGAAUGGUUUAUAAUUUCAUAACCACCUGCUCACUAUACAUUAUCCUGUUUAAUACUUGACUACAAAGAAGUUGACAGAAAAUAUUGAUUUUAUAGAUUUCAUAAAAGAUUUGAGUAUACAACUUGCAGUAAAGUGCUGCUGUCAGUGGUUUAAGGGACUUUGCAGAGAUCAGAGGUACUCUUACAAGCUUUAGUUUACCAAUGUAGAAUGCUAGCAGAAACCAGUGUUUUGCUUAAGUGUCAAAUGAGCUGGACUCCUUUUUGUCUAUGACGCUACCAUCGUUAUUUAGAGUUAGUCAUUAUAGUUAUGGCGUUUUGGCCAAUCAAAAUCAAACAUUGGGUGAUAAUGUUAGCUUAAGCAAAGGCACAAAAACAACAUAGUAUAUUAAAUUUACAUUUUGGAAUAAAUCAAUGUCAGUAACUUGUUGGCAAAUAACUGAUGGUUGUUUGGCAGGAAUCGAGAAUAAAGGCACACAGUUUUAGCUAACGUUAUACAUUAAAAUUAAAUGAGCACAAUAUUUAAUAAGAUUGAUAAGGGAAGUUUAUUCAGAAACUUAAAUCUUUAAAAUUUUAACAUUUUAAAAGAUCAAUUAAAUCCUACAAAAAUUAUCUGUUUUAGCUGUCAGUGUUUAAUCAGUCAUUAAAUAUGUGUAUUCUUAAAAUGUUAUGCUUUUUCUUUUAUCCAUUAUCUGAUUAUUUAGGUGAACAAUGUUAUCAUGAUUUUCCAUUGUUCAGGAUAUCGGUAGGAUGUUAUUACUGCUAGAAAUGGCUCCCAGCUUGAGCGAAGUUUCUAAGGGAAUGGCCGCCAUGUAGAUAGGAUUACCUUGAAGUUACUUUCUCUUCACUUUCAUCAACCUUAAGUGAAUUAAUUCUGAGUGUUUCAGAUCUGUAAAUGUGGUAAAAUGUUAGCUGAGUAUCAGUCAUGGUAGAGACGAUCUGCCCAGCAUUUGCGCAUAGGAAGUUUUAAACACUGCUCUGUCUUUUUCCAAGUCAACAUGUUGCAUUCAAACGGCAAAAUAAAAAGAAAGUUUAUAAAAGAGUACAAACCCACAAAUGAAAAGUUAGGUACAUUUUUCACAGAUUCAUACAUUUCCCCUCUCAUUUGUACAAAUUCAUUCCUCUUAAGUGCCUUUAAAGUAGUCCAGUUUCUCUGCAGCCAUGCUCUCAUGCUCACUUCGACAUUUUAACAACCUUGAUGGGUUUCACAUUUAUCCACAAGCACGGCGGUUGAGAGGAAUGAUAUCACCACAAAACUCCACUCUCCUUCUUUACAUACGUAUCUGCAAAUUUGUACAUAGCUUUUUUUUUCAUAGAUUUGAUGGUGUAGACAUGUUGAAGUACAAAUAGACAUAUAUUAGUGCCUAAAUAUAGUGGGAAUUAUUUUUGGAGAAGACACAUAAUAGCACUAUUAGGCAAAAGAAAACGAAGGAAACCCAAAGCAGAGAGGUUUAUACGUUAGCUCUGGUUUAUAACAUGUUUAAAUUUGUCCUGGCUGUCUGUUUACUGUCAGAUAAAACAGGCACUGCUUCACUGCUCCCAGAGACAAACACAGUGUUCAAAUCCAGAGUGGACUCAGUGUUCAGGAACGUGUCAGCAGCUGUAAUGGAGCUCUGAUUAUUCAGGCAGUCUGAGCACUUAAUAAAGCAGAGUUCAUGCUAAGUGUCAGACACAAACAAACACACAGAGUCAUGCAGGACGCCUCCAUUUAGCCCACAGGCAGCCCCCAACAUGUCCGUCUGUGAUCUGUUUUGAUGUUUAAAAGCAGCAGAGAGACAGAUUUUAUUUAGAGGAGGUUUCAGUGUUCUCUGACUUACCACUGUUUCCGAUCAAAGAUGGUGGCGCUCCUCUGACACUGCUCUGUGUAACUGUAGAGAAUAAGGUCUGGUGUGAAAAGAAAGACCAUGACUUUCUGAACCAAACUCAAACAGUAGAAUGUCCAUCCAGGGCCUGCUGGGGCUGUUUUUGUUCAUUUUAGAAACACUCUAUUUGUGAUUAAUAAAAACUCACUUCUGAUAUUACCAGA